GAUUCUGGGUGACGUCACGCCCGAGGUGUGACGUACGGCCGCCGCUGGCCGCCUGGAAGACUCUCUCGGGGAAUUUUGCUGCUCUUGCUGCCCACUGACCCACCCACCCCCCCGCUCCUUUUUCUCCCCCCUCUAGUCCCACCCCCCUUCUUCCGCUACGGGUCGCGGUUGGGGGCGGCCGGGUCGUCAGGGGCGACACGGCUCCCCCUCCCCUCCGCCCCCCUCCUUGUCCUCCUCCCCCCUCCUGCCCCCCUCCCCCUCCUCAGCGCUUCGAUCCAAGAUGGCGGCGCUGAGCAGCAGCGGCAGCGCCGAGGGGGCCUCGCUCUUCAACGGGGACAUGGAGCCCGAGCCGCCGCCGCCCGGGGCCUGCUACGCGGGGGGCAGCGGCAGCGCAGGGGGAGACCCCGCCAUCCCGGAGGAGGUGAGGCCCGGCCGUGUGGGGAGGGGGGUGGGAGGCCGGCCUGGCAUCCUACGGCGCCCCCUUUCCCUCCUCGCCCGCUUCCCUGCGGAGGGUCCGGCGAGGGGCUCCUGCUGGAGACUUAGGCCCGGCAUCGGGCAGCGGGAGGCAGGUCGGGUGGCCGGGAGACAGGUGGAUCAGGGCCCCCGGGCCGCCUCCCCCCGUGCCAAGGCGACGGGGCCAAAGGGAAACCGCGAGGCCGGGCGGCGGGUUGAGGUUCGAGGGUGGCCAGCAAAAGCCGCCCCGGCCUCCUCCUCCUCCUCCUCUGGCAGCAGGUGAAGUUUCCCCCCGUCGCGGAGGAGAACCCGGCCCCCUUCGCCUCUCCAGCUGCAGCGCCGGCGGUGAGGUUGGCAGCCCCAGGAGGGAAGGGGGGUGUUGAGGUCGACGGCGGGACUCCUAGCAGGGCGGCUCUCCCCGUCCCCCUCGGGCCUCCAUCCCGUCCCAAAUUCCCUCUGAGGCCUUGUCUGGUCGCUCCCUCGGUUUGCACAGGGGAGGCAGUGCCUGGGAUUUCUGCUUCGCUCCUUUCUCUCCCUCCUCGCCUCUGGUUCUCCCAAUCUGCACGGUCGUCAACAGCAGUUGCCUGCCAAGGGUUAAUGGAACUGGAGCAACACUUCGUCAGCUCUCCACCCCCCCUUCUCCCCACAAGUGCAAUAGGGCUCCCUCGGGCCCCAGUUGCGUGGCCGCGGAAGGCCAAGGGAGUUGAUUCCGCGAGUGCCGGGAGAAAACGGGGCACCUUUUGUUUGUUUUUAUCUCGCUGUCUGUAUCGGAGAGAAGGGGGGGGGGUUGGGCGCCUGUGCUUCGAGAGGGCCAAUUUUGUAGAGCUAAGUAGAGCUAAGUUAUGAGGGUUGGGUUGCCACCCUUUAAGCCAAGCAGUAUUAAAAGCUCCCAGCAGAUUGCAUCAAUAUUAUUAAAAACAAACACGGUCACAUGUGCUCUGUGAACAGCACCUUGGCACGGAUGGGUUAGGGCUGUGGGUUUUGCUAGGCUCCUGGCAUUUGCAUCCUUUUUGGGGGAGGUAGUGGCAGUGAUGGGACGCGGGUGGCGCUGUGGGUAAAACCUCAGCGCCUAGGACUUGCCGAUCGUCAGGUUGGCGGUUCGAAUCCCCGCGGCGGGGUGCGCUCCCGCUGCUCGGUCCCAGCGCCUGCCAACCUAGCAGUUCGAAAGCACCCCCGGGUGCAAGUAGAUAAAUAGGGACCGCUUACUAGCGGGAAAGUAAACGGCGUUUCCGUGGGCUGCGCUGGUGCCGGUUCGCCAUAUGCAGCUUGUCACGCUGGCCACGUGACCCGGAAGUGUCUUCGGACAGCGCUGGCCCCCGGCCUCUUAAGUGAGAUGGGCGCACAACCCUAGAGUCGGACACGACUGGCCCGUACGGGCAGGGGUACCUUUACCUUUACCUAGUGGCAGUGACAGAUAAUUUUCAGUACUCAGACUCCAGUAUAGAAAAAUGCACAAAUCAGUGAUGCUGCUUUAUUUAAAAAAAAACCAAGUGUAAGUAAGUAAGACAUGGUUCAUGUCUUCUAUAAGUAUUUACUCCUAAAAUAGCUGGCAGGAAUUUUUUUGGGGGGGGAGGGAUAUAUUAGGAGUACACAUGAUUAGAAGAUACAUGCAUACAUGGCUUAUUCAGUUUGCUAGGUAGUGCUUGCUUUCUGCGUAUCUGUUUAGCGUGAAUCCCACAUUCAAUGCUUAUCGUUCACUUUUGUGUUGUGUUACAGAUUGGAAGCCAUUUGGGGAGGACCAGUGUAGAUUCUGUGUUGCAUUGUCAGCUAUGGUUGGCAAGACAUAAGGAUUAAGUUCAAGUCUGUAUGUGUGAUUUCUCCACAGUUAUUGAAGUUUCACGCUCAUGUCCUCCCAACACAACAAACAAACAAACACCAGGCUGAUGGUAUGGUUCUGUAGGGCAAGAUGAUAUAUUCUUAAACUUGGCACAGUUUGUUAGGUAUUGCAGCAAUUUGCAGCUUUCUCUUACAUACUUUACAUAAUUAUUUGUUGUACACCUGGCAUUUAGAGAAGACAUCUCCUGUCGGACUUGUAGUGUUCAGUGGGCCAACCUCUGGUAAGUUGGUUUAUGAUUGCAGCCAUAGAUGUCUCCUAUUGGCCACCAUAUCAAUAAAUUGUAGAUAGUACAGAUGGGCAACACACACCAUGUUUUAUUCUCUUUUUCUUUCUGUAACUGCAAUGAAUUUCUGAGGAAGAUACAAAUUUCUCUUCACUGGGGCAACCCACUAGAUCUGCUUGCAAAUGUAGUAAAUAGAAAGAGCUGAUGUAGUGUAGUGACCAAGAUUGUACUCCUGCCCUUGCUAACCUGAGAGUAAGCCCCAUUGAAUUCAAUAGGACUUAGCUCUGAAUAUCUAUGGUUAGGAUUAUGUUGUAAGAGGCUGAGCUGUGAAUCAGGAUGACCCACUCUGUAUCUCUCCCCUGCCAUAGCUGUCUUAUAUCAUGGCCUCCCUUCACACGCAAAUCCUGAAACUGUAGCAUGGUAAUGGUAAUAGUAAUACUGACCUAACUUACGACAUCAUUGUUGUAAGGUUUCCAACAAGAUAAUGUAUGUGAAAUCCCUUAAACACUCUAAAAUACUAUCUAAAUGCUAAGCAUUACUAUUAGCUUACUAGGCUUUGGAAAGAAAUCUGAAGCUUUCAAAAGGAAGGGUUGUAGCCCAGUGGUAAAGCACAUGCUUUGCCUUCAAACAAUCCCAGCUUCAGUUGCUGGCAUCUCCAGGUAGGGCAGAGAAAGACUUCUUUCUGGAACACUGAUGAGUGUCUGUCAUUCAUUGUUAAGAGUAGUACACAACAUGGACCAAUGGUCUGAUUUGGUAUAAGGAAAUGCCUUAGAUUGCACACGGAAAACAGCUCCUCUGAAGUAAGAGCUCUAAUCCAUGCAUUAAUAUAUUGUAUGCAUGAAUGCAAGUAAAUACUUGGCCAUAGCAGUUUGCAUACAGAUGAAUAGGUGCUCUGUUGCUGUUUAAGAAAUAGGGCCUUUGCAUAUGAAUAUAUAUGGCUAGGUCAGAUCAAAGGGCCUUAUAGCCCAGUGCUAUUCUGUCUCUGACAAUGACCAAUGGCUUGAGAAUCUCUUAAACAGGACCUUGUUUGCCAGAUGUUGGAAGCAAUCUGAGGUAUUCUACCUCUGAAUAUUAUUGUUCCACCCCCACCCCAUUAUUGGUGAUAUACAUUCUGAUGUAAUUUCACCUGACAUCUUCCAAUUUCACCUGGCAUCUUCUAAUUUAUCUAAUUUAAAGUUGUCUAAACUAGUUGUCAAUACCGCAUCUUGCAUGAAUUCUUUAAUUAUGUUGUGUGAAUUUAUACUCCUCAUUGACCUGAUCCUGCCUCUAAUAAUUUUUACCAGAUGACUCAAUUUUAGUCUUUUGAGAUAAUAAUCGUGUCUUCACACUCUUCACACUUUAUAAUUUCCCUUUUGUGUUUUGUCAUGAGACAGGCAAGGGGAGCCACAGUGGACAGAGCACAUUUUUUGUCUGAAGGGCAAACUAUGAGCAUCUUUGGCAGGGAUGGCAACUCAAUUUCUGUUUACAUUUCCUUGGCUCUGGUUAUUCACUUCAAGAUAUCUCUUGAUGAGUGAGGUCCUUCUAUGUUACAUUCUGUAAGUAGAAACAGACAACUGAACAAUAAUUGCACAAUUUACAAGAAUACAUCAGAUUCAAAGAAUCAUAGAAUUGUAGAGUUGGAAGGGUCCCCCAAUGGUCAUCUAGUCUGUGGUUUAAACCACUGAGCCUCCUGGGCUUGCUGAUUGGAAGGUCAGCAGUUCGAAUCCAGUCAACGGGAUGAACUCCUGUUGUUCUGUCCCAGCUUCUGCCAACCUAGCAGUUCAAAGGCAUACCAGUGCAAGUAGAUAAAUAGGUACUGCUGUGGUGGGAAGCUAAAUGGCGUUUCCAUGCACUCUGGAUUGAGUCACAAUGUUCCAUUGCGCCAGAAGCGGUUCAGUCAUGCUGGCCACAUGACCCCGGAAAGCUGUCUGUGGACAAAUUCUGGCUUCCUCAGCCUGAAGUGAGAUGAGCUCCGCACCCCAUAGUCGCCUUUGACUGCACUUAAAUGUCCAGGGGUUCUUUCCUCCUUUUUUUUUUUUACCUUAGUCCAACUCGUGCAAUGCAGGAAUCUCAACAAAACCAACCAAGACAGAUGGCCAUCUAACCUCUGCUUAAAAACAAUGAAGCAAAGCUCACAAACUCUUGAGGGAGACCGUUCCAUUUAGUCAGGAAGAACCUUCUGAUAGCAAGAGCUGUUCGACAGUGGAACAGACUGCCUUGGGAUGUUGUGUACUCCCCUUCUUUGGAGGUUUUUAUAAGAUUAUAAGUAAACAUUAAGUAACAAUAAUUACUAUUGUAAUCCAGGAUAUUAUGUCAGCAAAUAAAUAUAUUUAGAAAGAAAAAGGUGAGAAUAAACAGUGGUAGAUUGAUAGCAAUCAAUGCACCUAUCUUUUGUGGCUAUCCUCCUUAGUCUUGCACACUUUGCUGUUCAGCAGAUCAACAGGAAAAUAUGCUUAUUACAGUCUAGUUGCAGUUCUUUUAAAACUCUGAGUUAAGGAUAAUUAAAUGGAAAUGCUGUGAAUUUUCUGUCUCCUUAUUUUGCCUUUCAAGAAAGUUCAGCUAAGCUUUUGUUUUGAUGUUGGAGCUGGAUUGUUUGGACAGCGGGUAAGGAUGCAGUUGUUGAUUUUGAUCAUGCAUAUGAUUCCAGCCGAUUUUGUUCUCUCGAUGAAAGCUUAGGCUUAUGUUACAUGUCUGGAAUUUGGCGUGCUUAAUCAAUAGGGCGUCUUUGCUGGAUAGCAUGAAAUGUAGUUUUAAUCUGGCACUUUGGUUGUGGUCUAUAAAGGUUAAAAAAAAAAUCUGUGACAGACUCACAUGGCUAAUGAUCCACCAGACUGCAGUCUUCAGUCACGUAAUCCGGCCUGUCGAGUGGUUGCCAUAUUCUCCUUUUUCUGUACCCCCAAAUUGUCAGCAAAGUCAGGCUUUGCUUAUUAAGGCCUCUGCCCCCACUAAGCUGCUAUACAGAGCUGGUAGACUUCAUUCAAUUUAGUGGGUUAUAAAUUGUUCAGGCAGCCUGGGUGUUGUGGUUACUUUCGAUGCCUAAAAGAGAGUGCAACUGGAAAUGGAUCAAUGGGUGCAAACAGGCAAGUAUUGAAGAUUGAUAAACUGCCUGCAAGCAACCUGAAGAAUGUUUGGGCACUCUAGCAAAGUUGUAAAUUGAAAAUGACAUAGUUUGCCAACUCAGCUUGAAAAGGUAAUGUAGGAUUUUUUGGAAAGAAAUGCAAGGUUACUAUAAACAACGUGGCUGGGGAGCUGGGAAAGUCCCUGCAUAUUUUCCCAAUUAAUUGCAGAGGUUUAGUAAAUAAUAAUAAUAAAGAUGUACUGUUAUGAUGUACAUGUUUAUGCAGCGAUAGCAGACAGGGAAAGUCUUCUUUACUAGUGAAAGAGUUGAACAGUGCUUAAUAAAAAAAAAGUCUCACUUUGCAGACUCUGAACAAUUCAAUUUUGUUCAGGUUUAAAAUCAAUCUUGUCAGUUAGAAAUAUAACCUAGUUCACCGUAAUAAAAAAAUAGAUGAGCUGCAUCACUCACUGGCUCUACAUUUUAAUACGGAGAACAGAACAUAUAUGAAUACUAACACUUUUGGUCACUUUUAAAUUGACCCAAUUUUGGAAGGGAGGAUUAGAGGUAUGCAACUGAUAGUAUUCACUUGUGAAUCUGCUCCAUGAAUGCUUCCUGAGAAUGGUGGCCACUGAUUUUAAUUGAUCUCUUAAAAGUGAAUACUUUCUUAUAACUCUAUAAGAAAAUGCUGUAAGUGGUGAUUAUGUUUUUAUUGUAGAUGUUUAUAUUGUGUUUUUCUAGUUGCUGUAAUUGAAAUACUUGCAUUCAGAAUUUCUGACCCCUUUGUUUGAAGGAAGCAUAGUUGGUCCACAGAAAAUAAUUUUUUGUAGUUUUCUGUGAUGUAGUUGUUUGUAAUGGAGUUGGGACUUAAUCCAGACAUGACAAAAGUAUUCUAGUGCUGCAAAAGUGCUGAUCCAGUGGAAAGGUUCUAGCUUAUAUUGAGAAGGAGUUGUGCGCACUUGAAAAAUAUGGUGUUCCUGGAUACCUAGGGGCAUGGCUGUAUGCCCUGGAGUGUAUGCUGGUGUGCCAACUUUGCCCCUUCCCAAAAAAGGCAGCAGGCUUGUGAGAUUCUCAGACAUUUAUGUCAUGUUGAGUUACUGUAACACACUCUACAAGGGACUGCUUUUGGAAUGUGAAAACUUCAGCGGAUGCAAAAUACAUGAGUUUCAGUGGGACUGACUUCUGAGUUUCUACGCAUAGUGGUGUUCUGCAUUCUGUUGUGGGGUGUGCAUGUGUUAUGUCAGCACUUGCAUAUUCUACCCAUAAAGUCGUAGAGAGCUACGGCAUUGGUGUCCUGUCAUGAUUGCUGUGGGCAGUCCAGAAAACCCUCUUCAUGCCAGGUGUAAAGGUGUAAAGAAUAAGAAUGUGCAGAGGCUCAGUCUUACUGGCUGUCCUCUCUCCCUUUGUCGAUAGUGAGUUUGAGCAUCUUCAUCAACCACUGUAAGACCAGUUUUCUUGUUUUUGUUUUUUAGAAUGGGGAGUUAAAAGACACAACCUUUUUAAAUGGUACUAGUUAGAUUUGCAACAAAACUUUUAAACAUAUCAUUGUCUUUUAACAGAAGUGCUGCUGUAUAUGUUGUGUCCUCUGCUAGUCAUAUCCUCCGAUAUCUACCUUCCCUCUCUUAGUUUUCCACUUCAUUUUGCAGUUGAUACUUGCCAUUUCAUGGCUGCUGAGCAUGCUCAGUCCUCACUGAGCUCACCCUCUUAGUUUUUGUUUUUGUUUUAAGAGUUUUUCUACUUCUUCAAACCCCAGGAUGCUCAGCACACCUUCCAAACCAGGGUGUGCUGAUGCCUUCCUCUUGUUUCUCAGUGGUCCUGCUUUGGCUCCCAUGUCUUACCACCUGAUUUUAGAAACAUAGGAAGUAGCUUUAUAAAUCAAAGCUUUGUUCUAUAUUAGUAUUGAUACCUUUUCACACACUUACCUCGUUAGUAGUUGUAUUUUUAUGAAGCAGGAACAGAUGUUCCCUCACCAAAGGUAACAUUUGAGGUUAGCACCUCACGUGUAGGCAUGUAGGUGUAAUCUUUUCACAUGUUAUAAUACAUAGAAGGAUGCAUCUGAGAUUAACUUUUCAGAAGCUUUUUAUUAUAAAAUGGCUUAAACCUUUGAUGGUGACAGAUAAUGAGCUGGAACUGAAAGUAACAUGGAAAAGUUAGUUAAAAGAGUAAACAUUAUAAAGUUCUUAGAGUGACAGGUAAUAGUGUUAAGUUAUGUGGAAUUUUUAUAGUGGAAAAAUAAAUCAUAUUCUUUUUUAAGCCAUUUGUUAAAUACUGUACGGUCAAAUUUCUUUAUAAACUCCUGUUCCAUUGUUUCACAUUCCAUGCAUCCUAAGAAUGAUAACUCUUAGGUCUGCAACUCUAACGUGUUCCUGAAGAUUUAAAUGAUCACCCACUGGUUUCAUAGCAUUCUUGCUUCUCUAAGUAUGAUUUGUGCCCAUUGAGCCUUGCCUUAAAAAUUGACUCGUUCACAAUAUUACAUAACAGCCUUCCUUAGGUCUUGCCAACAUUUCACUAUGAAGUUCAACAAUGAAUUCAUGGGGUUUGCAGUAUAAAUAUCUAGAUCCUUGUAACUUGCAUGGAGAAAGCAGCUUUGUAGAAUUGAAUUCAUACUGUAUUAUUUGUGAGGGAAGAGUACUUAGGGGUCUCCCCAAUGCCCUGUCUAAAGAACCCAAGCCUUCAUAAUUUAAUUCUGCAACACAAACUCGAUGUAGAAUUUCGCAGUGUAAGAACGCUUAGAUUUUGGUUACGGUUGAAGAGGGGAAAAUCUUUUCAAGCAGUCAUGUUGGUUCCUGGGUGAAGCUGACUAGCACUGUUUUCCACAGACAGAUGGCUAAGUCUGGAGGUGAUAAAUGUACUGUAGCUUUCUUUUUUUUUUACAGGAGGAAGUAUUUAAAUUCUUAGGUGUUGACUUUUGGCUAACUGUUACUGUUACCCUUGUGCGUCUUCUAUAAAUAGUUUCAUGCUUAGUACCGGAGUAGUGUAAACUUUUAAUGAUAUCUUACUGGGAAUCUCUGGGAUGUGUUCACAGGUUUGUGUGUUAUUUUGACAAGUUUGCACAUGGGCCACCUGUCACACAUUCAUUUUGUGCGCUCUGUGGUGGGUGUGCACAGACCCACACUCCACAGCCUGUAGUUCUUUGCUGGAUUCAUUUCUGCAAGCCAGCGGAAGGCAGGGUCGAGGAUGUGAAUUGAGUGUUGCAUGUGUCAUGUACCAGUAGGGACAGGUAGCACCUUUGCCAGCAGAGAGGAGUGCUGACUGUAUCAAAGGUGAACUGACCUUCAAUAUUUCUCUGAAGUAUAUCAACUAUGGGCUUAAAACUUUCCACCGUGCUUGUUCAGGCUUUUUUUUGAAACAUAUGCCUGUUUAUUUUUAGGUGUGGAAUAUAAAACAAAUGAUUAAAUUAACACAAGAACACAUAGAAGCCCUGCUGGACAAGUUUGGAGGGGAGCAUAAUCCACCUUCUAUAUACCUGGAGGUAAGUGCUGAGUUGCAGGUGUUCCAUAUCUGGUUAUGGAAUAAUCUAUCUAUUGGUUAAGAGACUAGGGAAUGUUUUUAGUUGUUUAAAGUAUUUCUUAAUGUAGUUUUGCUUAACAUUUAUACACACACAGACACACGAAUAUCAUCACCUGCUCUGUGAAAAAUCGACACACCUUGUUAUAAGAACAUUUUGGGCGGUGGGAUUUAAAUCCAUUGUCACACAGUCCGCAUUGUAGCUGAAGAGCACCGUUGUACAGGUACUGCCUGCUUAAAAGGACUUUGCCUAGUUCUGUAAAGGAGAGGUCAUGCUUAACAAAUCUGAUUAUCUCCUUUAAGCAAGUGACAAUGAAAGCUGACAAGGGUGAAGUAGUACACAUAAUCUAUUUAAACAUUCAAAAGGCUAUUUUAUAUUAUGUCUCAGAAGCGGACAACUCUGCAGUACUUUCUGGAUGGUUGUGCAGGGUUAGGAUUGAUAACAUAAUCUCAAAUAGUGCUUGAUUUUCUUCAGUCUUUAAAGAAAGAAAAAACUCCAGUGGAAGCAUGUUUGCAGCAAAGAAGAAAUGGAAUCAAUCUCUCUCUCUCUCUCUCUCUCUCUCUCACACACACACACACACACACACACACGGGGGGGGCGGAGAGAGUCCACUAAAUCAGUGGCUAAAAGGAUUGGAAAUGUUCCGCAUGUUCCACCCUCCCCUUUCACAAGAGGUUUUUCUCUUCUGCAUGCCCUCUUUAGCAUCAGCCAUAGUUAGUUCUGACAUUUGAAUCAGCAGACCAUGGUUUCUGUUUUUGGUUUUGAGGACAAGUUUGUUGAGUUAAACAUUUCUGCAAACUCUGGUUAGUGUUGAACAGCUUAAGGAGAGAGAAGCUGUGAGAGGGAGCAUGGCGCAUGUGAGUGGGUGGCUUAUUUAUGGUCUUUCAAACAAUGGUUGCGAGGAGUGUCUGACUUGAACCAUUGAAAUGUUUGUUUGCAAGGGGGUGGGGGUGGGAUUGUUAUUCAGUAAUAUGCUCCAAUGAGAACUUUCCUGGACUGUCACACAGGCUGCCCAAAGAGUCAAAUAUGCUCUGGGGGUUUGCUCAACCCUCUAAAGUGGACUUGGGGAGGGGUGGUUCUAAGUGUUACCCAAGGAAGUAGUCCCACUAGUGCAAGGAAUUUUGGCUGCACAAUGGAACUUCAUUUCCACCCCGCCCACCAAUCAUCUGUUCUGGGUUUUACCUGCAGCCACCCAGAGGCAGUGUGGGGCAGGGGUGUGGAGAGGAGAGGCAGGGAAAGUUCCAUUAUGCAAGUGGAAGUUCUUGUGGUAAGAGAAGUACUUAAUUGGAUCCUACCCUCUGUUUUGUGAGCGGAGGUUAUUUGGCAGAACUUUGUUAUAUGCAGUACAACCCUAUGUGUUGUCCCGUCUGCACAAGCAAUACUCAAAAACAUAGCUGUUCUUUCCACCUCUUAGAAAACUAGAAACAACCCUUAGGUUAGCCAUUUUAAGCAUGCACAAGUCUUUUUUUUUUGCAAUUACGUCUGAGAUACUGUUUUUAUUUUCUUGAGUUGUCUGAUGUCCUGCUUUAGCAUAAAGCAAUUUCUUCUUCAACAAAAUCAGAAUAAGAUUACAAUAACUCCCUAAGCCUGUCUCCCUGUAUUUUGCAUAAGCCACUGGGUUUGUGAUAGUGGUCAACAGCCAGGAAACAGAAGAUACUGCACCUACAAUUCUGAAUAUCCCUUUAGUGUUUCUGACAGUUUCUUCUGGUCUCUGGCCAUUGAUAUAACCGUCCAGGUUUAAGGCCCUUCACUCCAGAGGGAUGAGCUAGAAAGAGCUGUACAGACAGACUCUGGCUGGUUGCUGGUAAACAUACCAACCCAUUGAAAUGGCCCCUCUGAUUUUAGAUUUGAAGUGUUGUGGAAAGUAUCUAAACUUGGUCUUGAAACUGGGUUAAAACACUGUACAAACAUUUUGCAAAAUACAUUUCAAGCCAAAAAGAAGAACAGAUGGAAAAAAUGGGAAAGGAAUAUUGACAAAAUGGCCAUAAUAGCUUGCUACUCUGCUUCUGAUAUAAUUGUCUUUCUUGAUUACUGCAUCGGUUCUGUGCUCACUUAAGCAUUCCUGCACGCUUGUUAUUUCAGAGAAACCUGAGCGUGCGUGCAUGCUUACUUUGGUGCAGGAUGACAACAUUUUCAUGAAAAGAAGAAUGGGGAGAGAAUCCUGUAUUAGAAUUAAAAUACCACAUUUAAAAUAUAUGUACACAGUUAAAUUCUGCCGUAAAUUUAUUUGGACAUAACUCUCUUUUAGAUAUUCAUAUUCCUGUCACUUCUCUCAGUCUCUAAAUCUCUGUACUCUUCCCCCGACCUCCCAUUAAUUCCUCAUUGCAAAUCUCUCUCCAGCCUUGAGUUAUAUUACGAUACCUUGUAAGCAUGUAAUUCUGCUGCAAAGAAGAAGUAGAGCUGUUUAUUUAUGAUCCUUCAUGGAAUUUCCCUUGAAGGUUAUUGUGACACAUGUAUGGACAGUGUGGGGGCAGAGGCUUAGUACUAGAACGGUUGUUGAAUGAAUAAUAUUGGUUCCAUCAUUUCCUUCUUUGUUAGAAACUGUGCUUUUUUUUCUAGAAAAAUAAGUGCUGGCACUCACCAUGAAGUUGUUACAGUAAGUGCCACACUUUUUAACAGCAACAAAAAUGAGGUGCCGGUACUGCAUACCCUUGAGCACCCCUGAAAAAAAAAGCACUGGUCAUAAAUCAUCCCUGAAUGCGUUCUUUGGAAGAUUGGGUUGGGUACUGUCCCAGUGAUCGUAUUCACAGUGCUUAAGAGGCUAUAAAUAUCUCAAAAGUGUACAUCCAGGUUAUCACUGUUUUAAAUUAACUUUUUCCUUCUAAAGGCCUAUGAAGAGUACACCAGCAAGUUAGAUGCACUGCAACAGAGGGAGCAGCAGUUACUGGAAUCCAUGGGCAAUGGAACUGAUUUCUCUGUCUCCAGUUCAGCUUCAACAGAUACCGUCACAUCAUCGUCAUCUUCUAGUCUCUCUGUAGCACCUUCUUCCCUCUCAGUUUAUCAGAACCCUACAGAUUUGUCACGGAAUAACCCUAAAUCUCCACAGAAGCCUACUGUUAGAGUCUUCCUACCCAACAAACAGAGGACAGUGGUAAGCACAUCUGCCAGAAAUUUACUUUCUGUCCCCUUGUCAAAGGAAAGCGUGUUAUUUAAAACAAGGGGAAAAAAAAGAAAGGUAUAGUAUAAUCCUUAUACCGGGGUAGUCAACCUUUUUAUACCUACCACCCACUAAUGCUUCUUUCUUGAUGGUAAAAUUUCCUUACCGCCCACCAGGGCUCGAUGGAAGGAGGAUUCAGCUUGUGCCGUAGAACCCCCUACCGCCCACCUAGAAUCCUGAAAUGCCCACUACUGGGCGGUAGGGACCAGGUUGACAACCCCUGCCUUAUACAUUGCCACAGCAUGAUACACUAAGUAGUGGAGUAAGCAAAGUGUUUUAUUUGAGGGAUCCUGAACGCAGAGCUUGACUACCAAAUGCAAUCGAAGAGUCACAACACAGGAUUAUUUUGCUGCUGCUGUUCUUGUGAGACGCAACCUCUUUUAUGAGAGUGGGGAGGAUUACUUCUGUUCAGUGGUUUUUAAUGCCAAGUAUGUGCCACAUGCUGUACAGAAUGUAGAAAUGACUUGGAAUGUGUUUGCGCUCUCCAUGCGCAAUGGGCUGGGUAGUUGGGCUGCAGCCAUGUUGUGUGCACAGCAGUACACGAUGGCACAGAAGAACCUGAAGCCAUCUGCUCCUCCCUUUAGCGCAUGAAGCGCCCGAGGUUCCACUUAUGUGUGCCGUGCCUGCCAGGAGCAGAAAUGAGGAAUUGGGGGCCUUGUGGCUGAAGCUGUCAUCGCUGAGUGGCAAACGAGAGGAGAAUGCUGGCCCAGCAAACUCCUCCUCCCAGCACAUGGGGCCUUUCUGCAAACAGAGCAGCUUUGCAGCCCAUGAUUCUUCUCAAGGAGCCCAAGAAAGUCAAAUGGAGGAGGAACAUGGAAAACAAAUGCGUAGACAGGCAGUAAGAAUUGGGCAGGGAAGGGCUCACCAGUGUUGGAGAAUUCUUGAAGUUUGGUGGGGAGAUGAGCUUUUGCAUAGCGCACAAGAAAUUGUUUUAGACAGUAGGGUGCAGUAUAGUGCGAGGGAGUUGGAAGAAGGGAGAGAGGUUCCUGGACACAGGUGAACUUUAACAGAGCAAGUAAAGACGGGCAUACAGUCGUACCUUGGUUGACGAAUGCCUUGCGAUUGAAACAUUUUGGCUCCCGAAUGCCGCAAACCCAGAAGCGAGUGUUCCGGUUUGCAAACGUUCUUUGGAACUCGAACGCCCGAUGCAGCUUCAGCGGCUUCUGAUUGGCUGCAGGAUCUUCCUGCAGCCAAUUGGAAGCUGAACCUUGGUUUCCAAACGCUUUGGAAGUCGAACAAGCUUCCGGAACAGAUUCCGUUUGACAUCCAAGGUACCACUGUGGUAAGGUGGAUUGAACAGGGUUAUCCUUCUAGGGUCAUGGGUGGUGGGGAAGAGUCAUUUGCACAAAAUAAAAUACUGUAGGCUUUUUAAAAAAAGAUCCUAGACUGUGACACUGGACCUGCUUUUGGUACACAGAGAAUGCACAUUGCUAAUCCAUCCCCCUUUCUAGAAAUUUUCUAGUGCACAUUUAAGGCUUAUUGUUGCCAAGGAGACCAUGAAGGCUAGGAAUGAGAGAAGAGUGAAGACGUGCUUCCUUUUUGGGGGGGCAGGCUACAUAAAAGAUGUGAGGUGACAAGCUGAAACUGUAAUUACCAAUGGUUCAGACAAGGAAAACAGUGGUAUUUUAAGAGCGGAGACAAGACAAAAAUGAAGGAACAAAAUAGGAGGGGCAUGGCUGGGGGGAAAGGAAAUUGAGUUUAGGGCCACUUAGAGUUUAAUUUCAGUUAUAGGGUAAAAUCUUAGUGAAGACAAAGGACUUUUAGUUCUGAUUGCUUUCAGUGAGAGAGAUUUAAGCAUGUGCUUAACUGCAAUAUUGUGUAUGUCGAAGGCUGCAGUCUUCUGCUCUUAGUGAAACCAGUGUUACUUAGCAAUCUUAAUGGUGCAAUCUAAUAUAUGUCUGCUCAAAAUUAAGGCUGAGUUCAGUGAUAGUUACUCCCAGCUAUGUGAUUACAGGAUUGAAACCCCAUUUUUACUGGUUUGACACCUGUUGGUUUUAAUUCUCAGUAGUUCAUUCCUACAUAGUAGAUUUUAACAAAAUAUUUCUAAUUUAAUAUCAAGUGUCUCUUCUUUUAAACAAUAUGCUUGGGUUUCUUUUUCUGGUUUCAAUUUUUAAUAGAUAGGUUAUAGCAAAGAUGCUUUGUGGAUUGCCUUAGUAACCUAACCUGCUUUCAAGAAUAUAUUGCUUUUAAAUAUGAGAAGUAUCCUAGUAGGGAGAUUAAUAAAGUUGAGCAAGAUUUGUUUGCAGAAGUCACUUUAUGCAUCUAAGAGCCUGUAUGGUUCUUAGCUACUCAUGCGGGAAAUAUUUUGCUGGUUGUGGGAAGUGGCAGAGUGUUAUCUGGGGAAUCAAAACCUUGUUUUCCAGUCCCUGGGAAUCUUGCUCAGAUCUGUCUCUGACUUCUGAGAUUUGACUAGGCAACUAUCACGCACUACAGCUUCUGUACAUCUCCUGAACUUCUGUCUAAUUACAGACGUGCUUCAAAAGAUUCUGAGCAGCACACCGUCGUAACAUAAAGAGACUUUUUUCAAAAAAAUAAGGCAAUGAGGAAAGUUGGUCUCCUACGUUACGUUAAUUAAAACACAUGUGCCCAAAGAAAUUACAGCUGGCUACACAGGGUGAGCUGAGGUUGCUGUGUAAUUGCACUAUGUAAUAGACCUAACACUUCAGCAUAGAAAAAGCUUUGGGGAAUAUAGUUCAUAAGGGGAAAAGCACAUGCAACAACCCCUGUCGUGCUGUCUCUUUAAUAUUGCAUAUAUCCCUACUCUUGCUGCUGGUCCCAAGCCAGGAUUCCCUCCUCCGAGGGGUGACCAGCUGGCCGUUGUUGUAGCAGCUGAAUCAUGAAUUUGCAAGGGGCGGGUGGUAAGAACAGAGCAAAUGGAACACAAGAUGGAUACCUAUCUCUGAGGAAAGUCUGUGAAGAAGAGUCCUGUUUUGCUAUAGGAAUCUAUUUUGUAGGACCCAAUUUUGAUUUUCUAGCUUUCUAAGGUACAGUGGUACGUCGGGUUACAAACACUUCGGGUUACAGACUCUGCUAACCCGGAAGUAGUACCUCGGGUUAAGAACUUUACCUCAAGAUGGGAACAGAAAUCACGCGGCAGCGGGGGGAGGCCCCAUUAGCUAAAGUAGUACCUCAGGUUAAGAACGGUUUCAGGUUAAGAACUAAUUAAGUUCGUAACCAGAGGUACCACUGUAUUGUGCGUUUUCUGGUGCAUACGCAACCUGGUUUGGAUGAAUGUAAACAGAGGGUGUGGAAUUCAAGACAGUCCCACAGAAGCUGUCUCAAGUAGCCGAAACUUCCUCCAUCCUUUGUAUUUGUUAACUGCCCGGUGCAGGAUGGGAGAUAUCUGCAGCAUGUGCUCCACACUUUACUUGCCUUGCCAAGUAUAUGUAUGCAAUCCUCUCUCAGAGGUAGAUUUCUGAAAGCCCACCGGACUGGAGAAAUUUCUCUUACAUUGGACCUGUGCAUCCUAAAUAAACUUCUUACAGCUGGAUCCUAUGCGUGUUUUACUUGGAAGAGAGUCCUACAAAUUUCAGGAGCGCUUACUUCCUUGUAAAUAUACAUAGAAUCGAAGCCUUAAUUUUGAGAUCCUCUCAGAUUGGUGAAUUUGCAGGCCAGGAACCUCUCCCCAUGAGGUUUGCAGUUAGCGCAUGCUACUGUGCGGUUUAGGCAUCAGAGAAUGAGGGAAUUGAGGCGGGCAUAUUAUCUCAACCACAUAUUUCCAUCUCUAGUUUUCCUCCUCUAGAGAUGGUUGUAGUCAGCAGGAGAUUGCACCAGAUACUGGGUGAGAGUUGGUCAAAAUUCAUCAGAGCAUAUCAGUCCAAAAGGGCAUAUUGAUGGAAUGAUGAAGUAAAUGUAGCCUUGCAAGUUACUAUCCUGCCAUGUUUAAAUUUUAAAAUCGCUUUGAUGCAGGGAAUUCUGGCCUCAGGCUUAAGAAAACACUGUUGUUGCUGUGUAUGUUUAAAAAAGACCUCUUCUGGGAUUGCAAAAUAGCGUUUAGAAAAAGCCUAAAAGAUGGGAACUUUUUAAAAAAGAAACCCCAUGAUGUUUCUUUGAAGCAGCACAAAGAAAAAUACAGGGGGGGGGGGAGGAAUCAGAGGAGCUUUUCUUUCCUCACUUUCCUUCAGAUUCUGAUUGACCAAAGACCAAGCAAAUUUCUUUUUGCCUAAACUGGCAGGCGCCUAUUUACAAGAAAGCUGUGCAGCACUUUGCAAGGAUACAUGCCUCCACCCUUCUUUAUGUUGAGCCAGGGUUUGCUAGAACUUAGGCCCAAGCCUUUAUUUUUAACUGCCAGGGCUAAGCCCAAGAAGGACGAGAUGGCCUCUAAGCAUUACUCAAGCUCCUCAUUCUCUGAUGGAAUAGUCCAGUAUAUAGUCUGAAGGCAGGUGACGCCACCACUUUUCUUAAAGCAAUGUAGACCUGGGCCUGGAUCAGUGACUGCCUGGGAGCCCCAUGUACACCAACAGGACAUGAAUGUAAAGAUGACGAUGGUUAAUUUUGCAUAGUUCUCAGACUUCAUACAAAGGCAAUUUUGAGACUGUUUUCUCUUAAUAAGAUAGUUCAGACAUGCUGCUGCUUAAGAAGAUGCAACUAGCCAGUGAGCACAUGAACACUUAGCUCUAUGACUCAAGCUCGGAGCAAGGAAAAUAUAAACAGGAAGAGAUAAGAUCUCCUUCCGAAGAAACAUGUGUCAAGCCUAACAAACUGCUAACUUAGCUUAAUUUAUUGAGUAUUUAUUAGGCACGGAAAGUAUACAAGCAGCAGUACUCUCUUGCAAAAGGCUUUGCAAGAGGCUUCUGACUGGGCGCUGACUAAGAUGGGUAAUUGCAGAGGCCAAUCAAUGCAGAAAUGACCAUGUUUAGAUGAUUUUUUUUUAAAGUGUUGUACUUCUUGGGAAUGUGCUAUAAAUAAGGGGCUCUGAGUCACCACAUGGUUACCUGAGGACAGCUUCCAGUUGCCAGUGGUGACCAGGCUCCUUCUUAACAACAGUUGUCAGUACUUGGGUAUAAACUGUUCUGCUGUCCCUUCAUGACUUAAGAAAAAGAGAGGGCAGUGUGAGCUUACCUGAAAGGAAUUUGAAAAUGGUCACAUUAAAUGUCAACCGUACAACUUUUCUUCAUGGGUGCACAUUGGGAAGAGGCAAAGAACUUCAGAAAAAUUGUAUUUAUGACCAAUAACAUUCAUUUACUUAUUGCAGAAUACUUAUAUCCCAUUUUAUAACCCCCAAAGGUGCUCUAAGCAUUUUAAAAAAGAUUCUGAAAAUAGAAUACAGUGGUACCUUGGUUCUCAAACUUAAUCCGUUCCGGGAGUCUGUUCGAUUCCCAAACUGUUCGAAAACCAAGGUGUGGCUUCCGGUUGGCUGCAAAUGCUUCCUGCACUCAAGCAGAAGCUGUAUUGGACGUUCAGCUUAUGAAAAACGUUUGCAAACUGGAACAUUUACUUCAAAGUUUGCAACGUUUGGGAGCCGAUUUGUUCAACAACUAAGCCGUUUGGGAACCAAGGUACCACUGUACUCAGAUCUGGUAGAGGAACAGAAAUGGUGACCAGAUGGAGACCAGAUGAAGCCAGGAUUGUUCAGAAUUCAUAUACUGCCAUUGUACUUGGUUUUCCCUGGUGCUGUAUGAGGCAGCAGCACCACUAAGAACUUCUGAGGCAUUAAGUAGCUAGAAGUCCCUUAGUCCUUCCUUGUUGGAAACAAAAAUGAGUGGGGCAUCAACUAGAACUCACUCAACCCAUAAUGAUUGGCUUUUCUAUGUUUUUAGCAGUUCUUGUUUUUAUCUGGAAGCCACCUUGAGUCCCAUCAGGGGGAAAAGCAGGGUAUAUAAUAAUAGUAGUAGUAGUAGUAGUAGUAAUAAUAAUAAUAAUAAUAAUAAUAAUAAUAAUAAAUUUUAUUAAUAAUAUAAUGGGGGUCAGGUGGGGAGGACUCAUCCUCUUUUCCUGGCAGUUUUGAGGCAGCAGCUAAACUCAGCCCACACCAAAGGGCAGAGCAGGAGUUAGAGAAGCAUUCCUUCAUGUAUUACCCAAUGGAAACAUGAAUCCACUGCCCUAAAACGUGCUGAUAACUACAACCUUAGACCCCUUGGAAAGGGUUUAGAGCAGAGAAUCAUAGAAUCAUAGAGUUGGAAGAGACCACAAGGGCCAUCGAUUCCAACCCCCUGCCAAGCAGGAAACACCAUCAGAGCACUCCUGACAUAUGGUUGUCAAGCCUCUGCUUAAAGACCUCCAAAGAAGGAGACUCCACCACACUCCUUGGCAGCAAAUUCCACUGUCGAACAGCUCUUACUGUCAGGAAGUUCUUCCUAAUGUUUAGGUGGAAUCUUCUUUCUUGUAGUUUGGAUCCAUUGCUCCGUGUUUGCUUCUCUGGAGCAGCAGAAAACAACCUUUCUCCCUCCUCUAUGUGACAUCCUUUUAUAUAUUUGAACAUGGCUAUCAUAUCACAAGGGCAACCUGUGACCCUCCGGAUGUUGCUCACCUCCAACUCUCGUCAGCCCCAGCCAGCAGAGCCAGUGUUCGGGGUGACAGGCAUUGUUGUUGACCAAAAACAUACAGAGGACCGCAGGUUCUCAUCCCUGGUUUAGACUAAUUUGUGAAGGGUCUAUCAACAGCUGUGAUAGCUAGAUGGAUGGUCCAUAUUUAGAGGCAGUAUACCAUUGAACACCAGCCAGUCAGGUUCAGUAGAGCUUUUAUUUAUUUACAGCAUUGAUUGAGGCUGCCCAAUAACCAUCUCUGCAUGAUUUACAAAACCUUUCAAGACAAGACAGAUUCACAGCAUGGCCAAAAAUCAUCAGCAUGUAAACAGUGGGUUACAAUUCAAAACUUUAAAAUCACAGUUUAUAGACUGCUAGGAGAAUUUUUUAAAAUACCUUAUCUGGUACCCAAAACAACAGGUGAGUCUUGCUAGGGAGGAUAUUUCACAACUGAGAAGCCCCUCUCUCUUUCUCUUUCUCUUUCUCUUUCUCUUUCUCUUUCUCUUUCUGGUUGCCAUCUCUCUUUAUUUGAUGUUGGGGGCACCCAGAGCCGGACCUCUGAAGUAGAUGCUCACAUGGAUCCACUUGUAAACUGCAGCAUGCUUUUAAGGCUUCAGAAAUACAUUAAGCUGAAGUAGUGCUAAUGGUUUGAUUUUGAUUUCGCAGGUUCCAGCAAGAUGUGGAGUUACAGUCCGUGACAGUUUAAAGAAAGCUUUGAUGAUGAGAGGUCUCAUCCCAGAGUGCUGUGCAGUUUACCGAAUACAGGAUGGGUAUGGUUUGUAUGUAGUAUGGUUUGGGGUAGGAGUUGAAGAGGGAAUGAUUGCUAAAGUGAUUCUUUCUGGGUGUUUUAAGUGCAUGAAUAAUCAAGAUAAAAACAAUUCACUUCAUAUUUUAAACAAAUUGUUUUCCAAAGCAUAGGCAAAAUCUCACUCUAUGCCCCUUAGCAGUGGUUGUGGGUUGAAGGUGGGAGAGAAUCCUUUUCUUUGUUCCUGCUAGUAGAUUUGCUCACAGUGCUCUCUCUUGUAUACUAGCAGCCUUGUACCCCGUGUUUCACAGUGUUUCUAAGAAACCAAAAACAUAUGUGCAGUUUUGAAAGGUUCAGUCCACCAUCUUGAUUCAAAACAGUACCCGUUUGUAUCCAAACAUAGGAGAAAACCUGCUUCUUGAUCUCACAAAUUAUCAUUCAAUAUUUGGCUAUGGCAUCUGAAGAGGUGUCCUAAUGCAUACAAACAACUUCAGAAAAUAUAUAGUAGAUAGUUAGCAGCUUCCCAGUUGCUUCCCUUUGGUUUUUCUGUAUAAACUGUGCCCUUCUCAUUAACUAAACUUUUUGUAGACUUUUUAAAUAGUGGAGGCAAAUACCCGAGAAAUAUUCUUUACCUAGCAAAACAAUGAGGUUUACUUUAGGUUCUGGAACUCAAGAGCCAUCCAUUCUUUAAUGCUGUGUAUCAGGGAUGGGAGAUUUGUGGCCCUCCAGAUGUUGUUGGUCUCCAGCUUCUAGCAGCCCUAUCUGACAUGACCAUCAGCAAGUGGGAUGGGAGCUGUAGCCAUAACAUCUGCAGGGCAAAAAGUUCUUCAUUCCUGCAUUAGAUCUUGUGAUCUGAAUUGCGGGAGAGAGUUAAGUCUCUAUCUUGUAAUUUGCAGCACAGUUAAUUGUGAUAAAUCCAUGCUAACUUCUUGCCAUUUGAAGCUUCUAGCAACGGAAGGCUUAAAAACAAAUCCGAACUACUGUCCUCCACCCGCCCCCCAUAUCUGCUCAUGGAGUUCAUUUGCACUGCAGGGAGAAAAAGCCCAUUGGCUGGGAUACAGACAUUUCCUGGCUCACAGGCGAAGAACUGCAUGUGGAAGUCUUGGAGAAUGUACCUCUUACGACACACAACUUUGUAAGUAUUUUCCUACAACGCCUGCUGGUGUUGCAUCUGGUUUUAUUAUGUUCUGAAAAGAAAAAUUGGCAGCACGAGAAUGGGCCUUUUCUGCAGUGGCUCCCUGUUUCUGGAAUGCCCUCCCCAGGGAAGCUCGCCUAGUGCCUUCAUUAUGUAUCUUUAGGCGCCAAGGGAAAACAUUCCUCUUCUCCCAGGACUUUGGCUAAUUAAACGGUCUAUGGCCUUUUAAACAGUUAUGUAUUUUUGUGGGGGUUUUUUACUGUAAACUGCCUUGGAAUUCUCUGCUGGAGGGCAAUAUAUAAAUGAAAUAAAUUAAAAAAUUGUUUUCACAGAAUAAAUUGCUGUGCCAUGGGCAUAGACAGCUGCUGCUUUUGAGUAGAAUAUUCGUGUUUUAUACAACACAUUUCCCCUUCGCUACAGCCACCUUCUUACAUGUGUACACACCUGAUAGCCAUUUGUACAUUUCAGCAAACUCAGUAUAUUAAAAAACAACUUUCCCCCAUAUACAAGUUUGUCUUCCUAGUCUCCUAGAGGCAAUUCUCACUCACCACAGGCAAGCAGACAAGUAUCUUCUUACAAGGCUGGUUAAGCCACAUUGUGAAAUGCAGAUUGGGGUGAAUUGUAUGCAACGUUGUACUUAUUGCUGAGUGGAGGUUCUACCUCCAGAUGAAUCUACAGUACUUCUAGGUGAAUAAUGGUGAGACUAUAAGCGUAAUCUGUAUGAUGAGGGUAAAUCAAUGGCUCAAAUGUAUUUAGAAUCUUGUUUUAAAGUGGGAUCUGGACGAGAUGACCUUUAGUUCGUUUUGCAUGCUUAUUUUAAUCAUGCAGUCUGCUUCCAUAUCAUUGUAAUCUCAAGGCUGAAGCCAUAAUUGCAGGAAGAAUUAUGUAAAUUGUCCAUGAUUGAGAGCAAUUUACUUGUCAUUAAAUAAAGUGUGGCUCUUUAGAAAUAGCAGCAUUCUCAUGGGGAAUUUAAUAAAAUGCCUAUGUGAACCAGAUUUUUAAAUACACCGGAGCAUGAAAGAGCAGCAAAAUCUGCUUGUUAUAUAUUAUUGUGUUAUGAAAAGAAUGUAUUUGGUGAUCUCCUGCUUGCUGCACACCAGCAGGCAACUAAUAAACCUGUUACAGAGUUGUGCUGGUCGCAUCAGUGAUGCCAGCGCUGAGAGACAACCUGACCUAAGGAAUGACAAUUUAAGUGGAAUCUGGUGGAAGCAAAUUAUCUGGAUGGCUUUUUCACCAAAGGACUUCUGUGUCUUAGGUUUAUUAUAUGGAGAGGCCAUCUUAAAAAUACAGCUUUGGUACUUCAUUUUUGUUUCAUUCACUGGAACCCAAGGAGGAUAGUUGCAUAAAAAUGCUCUGGAUAGCAUCCUCUUAAAGUAUUUUGUCUAUUUUAUUUGCUUUAAGUAGACAUUGCUGCCUAACCUGCCUUUCGCAUUCUACCAAUUUUAAAUCUUUUCAGAUUCUGCUAAAUAAAAUGUGCAGAUCUCUAAACCUUUGAUAUAACUUUUCUACUUGAGUACUUCAGCUAUAAUGAUUUUUAAAAGAAACGCACCCUCAUUUUAUUGUUUGAUAAAAAACAAAAACAGUGCCCAGAGCUUAGAUAGAACUUGGCAAAUGUGCAAAUGUUAGUUGCUAGCUAUGGUAGGUGGAACUCUGCAAGAGCAGGGAGCUCUCUGCUCCCCUUGUGUAGCUAGAAAUGGGGAGGCUUUGCCUGGUAUGGUAUUAUAUCAUUGACAUGGACCUUACUCUUCACAAGGGACUCGGGUGGCGCUAUGGGUUAAACCACAGAGCCUUGGGCUUGCCGAUUGGAAGGUCGGUGGUUCGAGUCCCCGCGAUGGGGUGAGCUCCCGUUGUUUGGUCCCAGCUCUUGCCAACCUAGCCGUUUGAAAGCACGCCAAAGUGCAAGUAGAUAAAUAGGUACCGCUCUGGCGGGAAGGUAAAUGGUGUUUCCGUGCGCUGCUCUGGUUCACCAGAAGCGGCUUAGUUAUGCUGGCCACAUGACCUGGAAGCUGUACACCGGCUCCCUCGGCCAAUAAAGCGAGAUGAGCGCCGCAACCCCAGAGUGGGCCACGACUGGACCUAAUGAUCAGGGGUCCCUUUACCUUUAUCUACUCUUCACAAACUGCUCCAGAAGGAAGACAGUUUUCACUAGGUUACCUUGCACGUGUGAUGGUUCUCUGUUUGAAAACUCAGGAGCCAUUUUCUUUCAUAAACUGUUUCUUGGUAAAAUUGCCAUAGAAACGUGAAAUGUAAAGUUGCAUGAAGGCAGGCGCAAAACAAGAAGGGGCAGAUCUCCAGGCAUCAAUGAAAAUUGAGUUACUGCUUUGUAAACACAAAUGUGUAUUAAAGGAUUUGUAUUGCACUUAAUAUGCACUAAAUUAUUAUUACACACAACAGAACUGUGGGGGUUCUUCUGUCAGUUAAAUUAGCAAACCGUUUGUCAGGAUUACAGCUCUCUUUUCGGUCAUAGGGCUUUUAGAGUAAUACCUUCGAUGUAACUUAAAAGGAGCUUGAAUCGGCCCUUUUCCGACAAGAUGAAAUUGCAGUUUUAGCGGGCGCGAGAGGGCCUUGUUUCUCAUGCCUGCUUUCUUGAUGGCAUAGGUACGAAAGACGUUCUUCACUUUAGCGUUCUGCGACUUCUGUCGAAAGCUGCUUUUCCAGGGGUUCCGUUGUCAGACCUGUGGAUACAAAUUUCACCAGCGUUGUAGUACAGAGGUGCCGUUGAUGUGCGUGAAUUAUGAUCAGCUUGAGUAAGUAAUCAAAACUCCUCUGCGGUUUAAAUGCUCUUUUUCUGAAUCUGCACACAUAAGCGGUCACAACAGCACACGAGUGUAUUGUACUGAUAUUGCCACGGUGGUGUCCUUUGUAUGCAAAGGGGACGUCUCUCCUCCUAGGCUGCCUCUCCCACAGAAUUAGACAAAUGUGGCUAGUAUGCCCUGUGCUCCAGAGAGCCCAUAAAUGAAAGCUUUAAGCAUGACCUACACAGUCUGACAGUCACAGUUAUCGCAGUAUAAUGUGCCUGUGCUUUAAAUGCAGUGUAGGCCAAGUUAUGCGGUAGGGUGUCUGCCCAUGAGUCUUUGCACCGUAGCCACUGUUUUUCUUUGCUGGCACAAUAGGACCAAGCCGUUGGUUGUCCCUUGAAGCUUUCUGUGUGAACUAGGAUUAUCUUUGGCAAAAGUAAUUCAAAAGUUCAAGAAAGGAGUCUAAGGCAGUAAAAGUGUGGUGGGAGAUCUCACAGGGUUUUGAUUUCUUAAAGAAUAAAAUACAAGCUUUAAAAACCAGUUCAGCUACUAUACUUUGGUCCCAAAGGGGACGGAUUGUGCCUCAUAUUCAUAUGUAGACUCUUGUACUUGACUAUAGAAAAUGAAAUCAAAUUAUCCUCAUAAAGUAACUGACUACUUGUUUUGUUGCUGUCAAGUUGGAAAACAAAACUUUCAGUAGCAGUUUUUAUGCCCCAUCUAUAAUACCAUUUCACAAAAGGUUUUCUACCUUUUGUUGGAUACUGACUGUAGGGUAACCCACAAAGUCUCUCUUUUUGGCCUAGCAGCAGUGAAAAUCCGGAUGAGUUAUUAAAGAGAUUGCAGUCGACUACUUUGAGGAUGUUCUUAUUUAGCCAUAAUUGUUCUUAAUGGCUAUUUUUUUUAAAAAAAUCUGUAUUAAAUUUCACCCUUUCAACAUGUGUUAUAUAUACUACAUAUAUAUAUUUAUGCAGAAUUUUUAAGAUGUGGGUUUUAUACAUGAUUCUAGGUAGUAACGAGAUUUUAUGCAGUAUUUUAUACUACUGGUUUGUGUACUGUACCCAAUCCACCUUAUAUGUGAACAGCCUAUGGCCCAAGCAUUGAUAAACUACUACACGAGGCUUUUCUCUUAUUUAAUGAUCAGAGAUUGGUGAAACCAUUUUAAAAAUGCUCAUAUGGCAGAGAUCUUUGAAAUGUAUUGUUUCCGAACAGAUUUGCUUCUUGCUUAUCUCCAUAUUUUUGAGAAACGACUUCUGAAUUGCUUGUCUGCAUUUAGAAGCCGCUUCUUAAUAUUGCUUGAAUACCAUUUCAAAGAAUUGACUGUAUGUUAGUGUAGAACGUAGAUGUUAUGCUUUGGGCCACAGGCCCAAAAUGGCAGCCCUGUUUGAAGCCAGCCCCUUUUCCCCCUCCAAAUAAUCCGGCGUACUUAGCCAGGUUGUGGUGAUGUCACAUUGUGUUCUCCUGAUAGGAAGAGGAGGUGGGGAAAUGCAAUUUUAAGUUUAUUAUAGUGGCAAAUGUGCCAGAAUGUUUUGGGGAGUACUGGAAUAACUGGACAGGGAGCUGCCCCCCCUUUUUUAUAGCAAAAUCCCUGUUGGAAGUGAAGCAUUGCAAUACAUGGAAAAGCAGGACACAGCUUACACCUCACAGAAGUAAGUGUCCUGCCAUUAUAUUACAAUGCUAAGAACUGAUCUAAAUAAAAUGUUUCAAAUCUCUGACAUUUGACUUUCCUGCUUUACUGUUACAAAACUGUAGUGUCACCUUUCAACGUCUUUUCUCUUGGAAACAUGUAAUUUAACCUAUGAUGUUUUCUUCCUCAUACGUUUUACGUUGUGAAACUUCUGGGUCUUGCCCAAGUUAGGUUUUUCUUUGUUUUUGCCUCACAGUUUGCUGUUUGUCUCCAAGUUCUUUGAACAUCACCCAAUACCUCAAGAGGAGGCCUCCUUAGAGACGACCCCAGUAUCCGGAUCAUACACUUCAGUGGCCCCCUCAGAUUCGCCUGGGUAUGCUCUUAAAUCCUGCUUUUCUAAUAAUAAUGUGGGUUUGUAGUUUCUGAAAGGGAGGCUUGGGAUUCAGGAGGAGGGGAACUGGGUGUCUACACUCAUUUAUAUCAAUAUAAUGAAUAGAAAUUAAGUGAUUUUUAUACAAGGGCUUAAGAAAAUAACGAUGAUAAUAAUGAGGAAAACUUUGUGAAGCAUUUAUUCAUCCUUACUCAUCUGUUUGUUCUGGCCUCGGUUACAGUACUGCUGUUUACUGCUUGCUCUAGAUGCUUCGGCUUAAACAGUUUGCGCAACAAAGGUCAGCUUUGGCAUGGGAAACCUCUCUUUUCUUUCAAAGGGAUCUGAUUUGUAUAAGCAGAAGUUGUUGGGAGGUUGCUAUUGUAGCAUUCUACAUUGGCCCAAAGUGGAGCUUGAGUGCUUUUCCUUCCCAAGUUUUGUUUGUGAGUAGAUUGCUCCCCUGACACAAUGGCUGUGUUCACAAAUCACAGUUUAACAUGACACGCAUGAACCACUGGGAAGUUCAGGAAUGCUUCACCUCUGUCUCCUCCUCCUCCUUAGCCAGGAGGACAAUUUUGGAAGCAUUUCUUUCUGGUUUUAGUUAACCUCAAUUCCAGAUCCGGACACCACAGAAAACUGGUUAGCACUUCACAGUGUUUAGCUUAGGUAUGUACUUCUGUAUGUGAUAGGCCUGCCCUCUCAUACAAACCUUUUGCAACUGUGUCUUUACUUAACAUUUUGCAUGUACCCUAAUAGGGUCCAUAUUUGAGGUGCAGGGCUGAUGCCAUCAUUCAUCUUUCUGGUUCAUCAUUUUGGACACCAUGAAUGGUGUUGUGUGUGUGUUUGUAGACUUAUUUUGAGGUAAAUUUCUAUCCUACCUUUCCAUUUCCAAAGAAGUGUUCAAGUUGACUCGCCUAAAUAGUCAGUAAAACAAUUUAUAAAAAAGCACACUCCAGAGUAAAAAAUAAUUCUUUUAUUUAUUGUCUUUAUCAAAUUUACGUCCCACCCUUCCACCCAUUGGAGCCCAGGGCAGCAAACAUCUCUGAAAUGAAAAUGUGGCUUAAAAACAACAGCAAAAUAUCUGAAACGUUUUAAAACUGCUAAAAACAACGAAAUACAACAGCACCUGUAACCAAGCAUGCACUUGAAUAAAAACAGAAACAUUUUAAGUAGAUGUCUGAAAGAAUACAGUGAUGGGGCUUGCCUAAUAUCAGUUGGCAAGGUGUUUCCAAGCACUAAAUGUCUGACUCUUGACAAAUGUAGAAUGAAGAUUGUGAUGCACUUUUAGAAGUGCAAGUUCUGCGCAUCAGAGUUAUACCUGAAGUAAACUGGUCCCAACCUGUUAAGGGCUUUAUAUACCAAUGGUAACCCCUUGAACUUGGACCAGUGGUGAUCUGGCAACUAGUGCAGAUCUUUGAGCACAGGUGUAAUCUGCUGACACUCACUCCUAUAAGUGAUUGUACUGCAACAUGUUGCACUAACUUGCCGUUUCCAGACUGAGCACAAGGGAAGCCCCAGCAGAGUGGCAUUGUAGUAGUCCUAUCUUUAAGCUACCGAUGCCUGAACCGCUGUGGUUAUGCUGCCCCCCAGUCCAGGAACAGUCACAGUUGUCUUACUAGCUGAAGUCUGUGGAAAAAAAGAAGUAACAAAACAAAGUUCUUACAAAGCAUUUAAAGUAGUAGAGAGCCACAGAUUUGGUCUUCAGCUGAGGACAAAAUACAGGUGAAGAGAAGCCAACCAAGGAAGCCAGUUCCGUAUUCUGUGAUAUUAGCCAGGGUUGGGGCAGGAUUUGUAGCAGUUGUCUGAAGCGCAGACAGCCAUGGUGUGCCCACCAUUUUAGAUUUGCAAUGCUCUGGUACAGAAUCACUCCAGACUGUGGAUGUCUUAGCCUUGCACCAAGCAAUAUAAAAACUGAUCCUAGGAUGUUGGGGGGGGCAGAAAAGUGGGUAGGGACCAUCUUGUGCCAAGAUCAGCACCCACCAGAUCUUGGCAGCUGCCCAAAGUGUCAGAUGCUGAGGCCAGGCUUACGUCAGAAGGUGGCAGGGGGCAUAGAAGAGCCACACAAUAUAUUACUGCAGUAUAUUAUACGUAGGGCUGCCUCUGAAGACUGCUUGGAAACUUCAGCUAGUGCAGAAUUAAGCAGCCGGGUUGCUCACUGGAACAAGACGGUUUGAGCAUAUUACACCAAUCCUGGUCCGACUGCACUGGCUACCAAUUAGUUUCCGGGGCCAAUUCAAAGUGCUGGUUUUGACCUGUAAAGCCUUUAAACGGCAAAGGACUGCAACACCUCAAGGACCGCCUCUUUCCAUAUGAACCUAUGCAGACCCUGAGAUCAUCUUCUGAGACCCUCCUUCGUGUGCCGCCUCCUCAAGAGGUCCAGAGGGUGGCAACACAAGAACAGGCCUUCUCUCCAGCGGCUCCCCAUCUGUGGAAUGCUCUCCCUAAGGAAGUUCGCCUGGCACUUUCGUUAUACACCUUUAGGCGCCAGGCAAAAACGUUCCUUUUUAACCAGGCCUUUGGUUGACCUGAUUGACAGCCUAUACCCUUUUAAAAUGUGGCUCUUUUUUUUGGGGGGGGGGGUUAUUGGGUUAUUGUUCUUAUUUUGAUUUUAUAUAUUGUGAUCUUUUCUGUGAACCACCCUGAGACCUCCAGGUGGUAUAUAAAUUAAAUAAAAUAAAUCUCAGCGGGCAAAUAGAUUCAAGUGGGUGGAGAUGGUUCCAGUUGCAUCUUCUCUGCAAUAACUAGGGAUCCUGGCAGACCUUAACCUUUUUUAUGCCUUGACUUUCUCAGCCCAUCAGUUCUCCCUGGUCCUUCUCCUUCAAAAUCCAUUCCAAUACCCCAGCCUUUCCGACCAGCAGACGAAGACCAUCGGAAUCAGUUUGGUCAACGAGACCGUUCCUCAUCUGCCCCAAACGUGCACAUCAAUACUAUAGAGCCUGUCAACAUUGAUGUAAGUUGCCACCUAAGCUUGGUCUUUAGAAGCAGAACAUUUCUUUUCCUUUGCUAUGCUACUUGAGGAAGGAGUGGGCAAACAACGGGCCAUAGGACUUGAUAACCUGGAUAAGUCCUUUCUCCCAGCUUAUGUAGCAGAGCCUUCUUGCCGCUACCUCCUGUUCUUCCAAGGGUGGAGGAACAAGUGGGUGUAUAGGGUUGGAAAGAGAAUUAAGACUGUCUUUUAACUGUGUGUGUGUGUCUGCCCAUUCUUGAACUCUUUGGAGGAGAAGGAAAGGGAUAUUUGUUAAUCAGCUGCAGAUUCUGAGCCAUGCAUUGCGUUAUCUCUGAUGAUCAAACUCACAUACACAGUGAUGGAUCUUAAUACAUCAUGCUGCCUGAGUUUUCAGUCCCCAUGUAUAAUAUCAGGAAUUGGUGUUAUGGGCAAGUUCACAUAUUCUAUUUAAGUGACAGCCAACCCUGUGAUAGUCUGGCAGACUGUGUCCAUGACUACAUAAAUGGGUGAGACGUUAUUGUUCGUUACCCACCCAGAGCCUUCAGAAUGGGGAGGGAUAAAUACAGAAAAAAUAAUCCUUUCCCAGCUUGGCUGCCAUGGCUGGGUAAAAAUAAAAAAUUACGAUGUUGAUUUCACACUAUGUGAUUUCCAACUAUUUCACACCCUUUGAUUACAGCUUGGUGGUUGUUACUAAAUGGAACAGGUGAAUGUGUUCUAAUGUGUUCUAAUACAUGCUGUGUGCAUGUUCAUGGCCUGAACAAAUUUUUGACUGGAACAUUUUGUCCCUAAUUAUUUAAAUUUGUCUAAUACAAAGUCCAAGGUAGGUAGUGAGAUCUUGUGUGUGCGGUCCGCAGCAGCUAAAAAUUACUGUGGAUGACAGCCAACCAUGGUGAUCUAGUUUCACAAUGGACUUCCCUUUCCACUCCUUCUACCUGCAGCCCCUUGCACAUCCUCAAAAUCUGCUUUGGGGGGUAGUGGGAGGAGAGGAAGGGCCAUCACAUCCACUGGCAUGACGUUGAAUAUAGCCCUGAGCAUACAGGCGCCUGCAAUCCAUUGGUAUUACCUCAUGCUAUUCUCCUAGGACAUCCCAAAACAGAAUUAGUUGCCACUUCUAUUUUGCUUGAUGAAUCUGUAUUAACUCAGAAGCUUGCUAUUUGUUCAUAGUGGAAGUGGUCCAUAAACUUAACGCCUUGCCUAUUUAACACUGCUAAUUGAUGAUCAUCAUUCUCCUUGUAGUGUCAAUCAAUAGUCUUCAUUUUCCCUUGCUCUUUUUGAACAAUAUUUUAAGACUAUCUGUUAGAGCAGAACAUGACUCUGGCGUCUUUCCCCCGAUGCUUCUUGACCCUAUUUGCUAAUUCAUUUAGCUUGCCAUACCCAGCAAAGUUCAAAUGGCCCUAUGCGUGGACAGGUAUUGGCAGGCAAGUGACCAUUUUGUGGACAGGAGAUCUUCUUUAUCUAUGCAACUGUUUUCAGUUGACAUUUCUUAUAUUUGUGUUAUAUCACCGUAAUUAUGACAAGCAACUGAAUUAAUGCAUUAAUAAGAUGCAUACAGCUUUGUUUUUGAUUUGUAGGAGUUGAUUAGAGAUCAAGGGUUGCGAGGAGAGGGAGGUAAGUGAUUUUGUUCUCUUGCAUAAAAAAUGCAUUGCUUUGCCCCCUCCCCUUUGUUCCACCUUCUUUUGCAAAAUACAGACACAGAGAGAAAUGUAAACAGAACAGUGAAAUUUAGCUGCACUUGCUUGUCCCAUGACCUUUGAGUUUGUUUGAUGAAAAGUUUUAGUGGUUCACUCCCAUUGUGGGCGAAGAGGAGGGGAGAACAUCAUGCAAAGUGGUAGCCAGUGUUUUUUGUGUUUUUUUCUAAAGUGGGUUAUCAGAUGGGAAUAGUAGGAGGUAACUGACCUUCAGUAAAGUUAUACUUCUUUACCUUCCUUUUAUCUUAAAAAGGCCAAACGUGCCACCCAUCUAUCUUGAUAUACAACCAGAACACCUACACAACAAGGACUCUCUAGGGGCCUGUCAGCCAGCACAAUUUGUGAGCAGAAUACUGAGCACUGUUCCUCUCUAAUUUUACAACAUGGGAGCAUCCUAGAAAAAUCCUCAUGGUAUUCAGAACCACGAAGGCUUGAUCUAUGUGACUGUUGAGAAUGCAACAGUCCUUAGCAUAUCCAUAACUUUCUUGGUAGUAGAAUAGAUCAGAUGUACACAUAUUUUGAUAUAUUUUUAAAACAAGCUCCCAAUAAACAGGGCACCUGGCUUUAAUGUUUCCAAUAUAUAAUUUUUUUGAAACCAAUCCUUACAAAUACAGCCUAAAGGAAGCAUUCCCUUCUAUGUUGUGAGAGUCAGAGUUGAGGAAGCCUUCUGCCAUGACACAUGUGCCUUGUCUGAGAGCAAGGUAUGCUUUUUCCUAUAGAUUGAUUGAUUUUGUUCCUGAUUGCAUAUUCAUACCGAUUUAAGAUGGAUGUCAGGGAUGGGCAGGAGACUGAGGGACCGGACAGAGGAGGAAGAUGCAGGGUAAACGGCCAGCGAUUUCUGGGGUUCUGGGCCAUGUAUGUGGCAGCAACCAGGGGAGGGGGAAGAUAUGGGGCAGCCAGAGAAACAGGGGAAUAGGAGGCGGAGGAAAUUCUGCAGGAGGUCUUGGGAGUCUGAAGAGCCCGCAACAGCCCCAAUGAAAGUUGUGCCUUCAGAAUCCCUUCUGCUGUCUCCAUGCUCAAGGAGGGGCUUGAAGUGACAAAGCUGCCAUUAAGGAGGGGCUGUUGGGUGCUUGCGCGAGUGCACCGCAUCAGACAAGGGUGGAAGAAAGCAGGGACGGCAGGGCCACACUGCCACUCUCAACUGGGCCGCGGAGGGAGCUUGCCUAGGCAGCUAGUUAAAAGGGAGUGGUGUGUAUAUCUGGUGCACCAUAGGAGCUGAUGUGCCAAUACAGAACUAAACAUCUAGCUGCUGCUCCUCAGUCUGGAUGCAUCCAGGACAACAGGUAUGGUGGCUAAGAUGCUCCCAUGCAGUAAAAAAGUAAAGCAGCCUUGAAUUGACUUCUCAUGAAUGGGUCCAACUCUUGAGAGUAAAAGCCAGCGCUGUAUGUUUAUAUCCUUUCCCCACCUUGUAACAAACGUGCUUAUGGCAGCUGCUGCUGCUGCAAAACCUGUUUGGGUUAGAGCUCCAUUUGCUAACUGGCUGCCAGGCUUCACAUUAAGGCUUUGACUUGGCUCGUCAUCAUUUGAGUGCGCAGUAUGGGCUUUGCCAUAUAAUGCAGGAGAGCAUGUGUCCCUAAUCAGCCGGCCUUUUCGCUUUCCAUAGCUUCUUUUAUGUCCCACCCCCACCUCCCUUUCUUUUUAUCCCAUUUGCAAUUUACGACUUCAGUGUUCCAAGACAAACCUUGUUUCAGCCAGGAUUUCCUUCUUCUUCUUCUGUUGGUUCCAUUUGACAAGCUGGCUACUACUUUGCAAUUUUGAGUUCGGAGGUGUGAAUCAAAACCGCAAACCCCACCAGUUUAAUUAUAUUGCCCAUUUUGACUAUUGUGUAUGUCCAGGUAGCUGUGGCUUUUGAACAGUUUUGCCCAUUUUGUCCCAACAUUUAAAUGUUGUGUACUAUGAUGUCAUUUUAAAACUCUGGUCAAUAAGCUCUCUGCUGGGCAUCUGAGAAUAUGUAGCAAUUCCCUGCCAUUUGAAAGUAUGCUGUUCAGGGUUUUGUUUUUGGGUUUUUUGUGUGUUUUUUUAAAACAAAAAACAAAAAAGUAGAAAUAUGGGGUUCUCCCCUGCAAAGUCAUAAACAAUCUAUGCCUAGGAGUCAAAGCACCUUAGUUAUGUCCCAUGACUUUCAUUUCUUCUGUGUGUCUGUCUUCCUGUCUCUGCCUGCCCGUCUCUUUCUCUCUAACAGCCCCUAUGAACCAGCUGAUGCGCUGCCUUCGGAAAUACCAAUCCCGGACUCCCAGUCCCCUCCUCCAUUCUGUCCCCAGUGAGAUAGUGUUUGAUUUUGAGCCUGGCCCAGUGUUCAGAGGUAGUUGGGCUCUUCUUUCUCGUUUUCACCCAAAUCCAACUAAAUAAAAACCACAGAUGCUGUUUGUGCCUCACCCUCACAGCGUGUGUAUGUAAGUGUGUGAGUUUAUCAAAACACUGUCUUUUUUGUUUUUGUUUUUUUGGGUUUGUUUGUGUUUUUUUGGCUUGGCCUGGCUGGAAUGCUUUGAAUGUGCUUUUUCACCCAUUUUCACUCACCCUUAUUAAACUCACAAAUUACUCUGCGUUGGAUAUAGAGCAUUGUAGAGACGAUGUUUUUUCCAUGCUGCCUUUCAAAAAGUGUUGCUUGUUGCAAGGGUCUCUAGUUGCAAUGGAAAUGAGGAUAGGAGAGGUCCUGCAAACGCUUAACAUCUGUACAAACUAUUUUGCACUCCAAGAGAUUCUUCUAUUAAAGGCUGCCAACUGACCUCACCCACCCCAAAGAAAACAGCCUAGCCUACUCCUGUACCUUUAACAAUAGGUUGCAUCUGCCAAAAUUAACAGGUUAAGCCUUUUCUUGGCAACAGAUCAGCCUGCUUUUAAAGUCACAAGAGCGAAGGUUGGUAGAAAAGUUGACAACCCUAGCUGGGGUUCCAGCAGAACCAUUCUUGUUGUCUGUCUGAUGUUAAGGCUUUGCAGGAUUUUGGAGGAGACUGAUAUUCCUAAUUUCCUUGACUGUCAGUUUCAACUUAAUGCUUGAGAUAGAGCUCCUCAAUUAAUAUUGUCUUUCAGAGAACUGUUGCAAAGUACUAACAAUUCUGCUGACAACUCACUUCAGUAUAUAAUUAAUUACCUUCUAGUAUAAUUUAUCUCACUGAUGAUAUGUUGGGGCUGUGACUAAUCUGGAUACUAAUGGAAUAUAUUACAGAACUCUGCAGACAUCAGUUGAAAUCAGCUUCGGUUUGUGUACUAAAGCUCAAGCAAGUUCCAUUUCGACUUAAGUCUGUAGCUAUUUGGCUGCCUCUAAACAAAUUCUGCUAAGCAAAAGCAUCAGGGCUGCAAUCUAGCACAGAACUGGGCAUGCUUAGUGAUAUUUUUCUCUCUCUACUAGAUUGUGGCCCAGAUGUUAAACUGAAGCAUGAUUCUGAUGCGGCAGUGCACAGCCAUAAAACGCAUACAAAAACAGCGACACACAAAUUUGAAUGCUUCCAUUUUGAAGCAAUAGGCAGUUCACCCCAUUUGUUAAAUAAUUUCCAAAAUGUAUAGAUUGAUCUCCAACUAAGUCACACUUGGAGUAAACCUGUUGAAAUUGAUGAACUUGUUAUUGGAGUCGAUUGAUUUCAUUUAGUUUACUUGUGAGUAUGACUCACGUUGGAUCUCACUCGUAGCUUUCAUAAUAGUUUAACCAGAUAAAUCAGAUUGAACACUGUCUAAAUAAGGUUUUAUGUUUUGUGAUAAGUAGUGCAGCUUUUUCAAAAGUUUCAGGUUUUAAUUAUGACCGUACAGAUAAUAUCACUUCUAAAAAGUGAAUAAGAGCAGUCCCCUCCUGCUGUUGUAUUGAUGGUCCUGUGUCUUUUGAAAUUUAAUCCAACACUCCUGGAAAGUGUCAAGAUGACACUUCAGACCAAGUUAGCAGUUUGUUAAAAAAAAUAGCAAUUUCCAAUGGUAAUUUUACACAUUCAUUUCCCCACACAGAGCUUUUUCUUCAAAUUUUCAAAUCCCAAUAGAUACUGGCCCUGCUAGGUAAAUCCUGGUUAAUGACUCCCUGUGAAAGAAUAGCAAUCUAGUGCAUCCUGCCCAAUCACUCUUACCCUGGCACAAGCAGGACCAGCAAGGCAUAAAACUUAGUUUAGCAUGAUGUCUCAUAAACUAUGAACGCAAAGCCAAAAACAAGCCUUGGGUUUGCCACACUGGUUUGUUCAAGAGAAACAACCACGAUCCUGGGUUUGGGAGAAAUGACAGCCCAGGCUUCAUGGCUUUUUCAUUACAAUCAUACCAAGGGAGGAGCAAAUUGUGAGUCAACAGGCAGCAUUACCAUGGGAUGUGAACGGCAUCAUAGGAGUGGAAAGGGUGGAUACUACAAGUGCAGAAAAAGCAGAAGUAACCACUGUUAUGUGUAGACUGAGAGGACAGACCGAAAGAUGCUGCAGAGAAGAGGAGUUAAGGGCCUCAAUGCAGAAAUCUGGGCUGCAUUAUUCAGUCUGAGCCAGAGGUGGAACAUCUGUAAGGAAGCGUCAUGGAUAGCGGGAGAGAGGUAAAUUGGAUAGAAGACCAGGGAAAAGCCAGGCAUUCGUUAUAGCUGAAACCAUCAGCACAAUGAGAGCCCUCAAUGAGAAAAAUUGUUCGUCUAGGAACAAAGCUGUAAGGUCCCCCAACCCAUUACAGGAUGCAGGAAAUAUGAGAAGCCUUUAGUCCGCUAAGGCAGCAGUCGUAAAUGCACUUGUGAGGAGUAAGCCCCUUUGAACACAGUGAGACCUACUUCUAAAGUAAAUAGGCGUAGGAUUGCACUCAGAAUUGUUCUGUUGGGAAAAGAAAACAGUUGUAAACUCAAAUAGUACUGUCAUGGAUUUUACUCUUCCAAAUCUGAGCUUCUGAUAUUCCAAUACCCAAAUUGCAUUUUUAUUCUUGUAGUGCCAACUAGUAGUGCUCUGUAAGUAAUAAUACUCCUAUUGAAUGCUUUUAGGGUGGGGUGCUGCUUAAGGUAAAUGAGAUAGUUGAGCAGAAGGCAACUUCUGCUUGGAUACUACUUUUGUGACAGCUUCUUCACAAGCCCAGCAGCAGAACAAACCAUGACCCCCACACUGUGUUAUUGCAGGGCUCAGAAUCCCUGAAGCCUCGUAGAGGAUUCAGCACAAAAUCCAUCUGUGUGUUGCUUCCUUGCUUUUGUGUCCAGGCCAGUAACAUCUUUUGCCCAGUUAUAAGAUAGGCUUCAGCCGCUUGAAUUAGUUCCCUUUCAGGUGGCAUUAUAAAGCUGUGUAGAUUUAGGCCUAUUUGUGGCUCUUGUGUUCAUCUCUUUACAUGAAUAUCUCCCUUCAGCUUCAAGAGCUGUUUGCUAUGUAGCGUGUGGGGUGGGGGAAGCCUAACAACUGAGAAGGGGAAGCAUUUCAUAGACCCUGUUAGGUUCACAGAACUCACUUUACAGUUCUCUGGAUCUUGGCCUCCCCUUUUAAUAUUCUUUCCAUUGAGUCCAAGUUGGUUUCAUGUCCAACUGUAGUCAGAUUAUCCUAGGGCAGCCUUUGCUAAUCUAGUGUCCUCCAAGUGCUUGGGAUCACAACUUUCAUCAGCACAGCCGAAAACACCUGGAGGGCGUCAGUUUGGGGAAGGCUGUUACAGGGUUAGUGGUAGCAAGUCAGGAAAGCCAGCAGAAUUAAACAAAAUAUAAAAUAGUCUGAAGUUUCUUUUAAAAACAGGCAAACCAAGUGCACAAACACGGUUUCACUUUGCAUCUUGCCUGCUUAAAGAAAGGAUGCGUGCAGCCCAGAAAAAUCUAAAAUGUGCUUCAGGUUGUUUGAUUAAGGUGGGCUUUAAAUCUUUAAGCCUUUUAACUCCUUUUGCACUCAUUUUAGAGGCCCAGUCCCCCUUUCACAUUAGUUUAAAUCCGUAGUUUGAUAUGAAUGAGCAACACGCAGGUCCACAUUGCUCAAAAGUUCCCAUGGUGCUCCUUUCCCACUCCUGAUUCUGCUCCAUGGACCAAAUAAGCCAAAGUCUGGCUUGUCCAGUUGUCAAAACCUGGGCUCAAGGUCCUCCAGACAAACCACAAGCUGUAAUUGAGGCUUGCUCUUCACUUACGACUUGUGGUUUGUUUGCAGAAAACCAGUCACAAAUCAGCGUUCAGACAAGAUAACCGGUCAGACUCUGGAUUGUUUCAUCUUUGGAGUGGCAGGAGCAGGGAAGGUGCUCUGGGGGAACUUAUGAGCAUUGAGCAGCAUGUUGCUCACUCGUAGCGCACCAAAGUCUGUUUUAAACUAUGGCUUAAUGUAACAUGUGAGCUGGUCCAAUAAUUAAGCAACUAAUUGCAACUGGGCAGUUUGCAGUGAUUGCUGUUGAACAAGCUUGAUCUUUCCUCUUUUGUGAAUUAAAGGCACAAUCCCACAGAAAUCAGCAGAUUUUUAAAAACUGAAUUUAGUGUGCUAGGACUGCAACCUGAAAAUGUAUGUUAAGUGCACUUGUUUCUUAAGUCUUACCUCUUACUUUUAAAUGCCUUUUAUGUUUGGAAAUAUUGCAUCUUAACUGCAGUUUCUGCACUUAACUAUUGUGUGAAACAAGCCUAGCAGGGAAUGUUUAUGUCUUUAGAAAUCCAGAAGUACUUUUGACUUUUAAUCUCAAAUACAGGCUCAACCACGGGUUUGUCUGCCACACCACCUGCAUCCUUACCCGGGUCCCUCACCAAUGUGAAAGCGUUGCAGAAAUCCCCGGGGCCUCAGCGAGAGAGGAAGUCUUCCUCCUCUUCAGAAGACCGGAGCAGAAUGGUAAGUCCAAAGUUGGUUUAUUGAAUUGGCAACCAGGCUUUACCAUGUUAGAGACUCAGUGUAGAUGUUGUGCUGCCCAAACUUCUAACUGUGGUUAGAAAAUCAGGAGUGCCCCAAACACUUGGGCACUUAUUCUUCCCCCUCCUCCUAUAUGCCAAUUCCCCCUCCCCUUCAUUUGCAGAGGUAAACUUAGUGUAGCAUUAUGCACUAUGGCUGCAAACUACGGGUUGUAACUACUUAUGGUUAGCAAAAACAAAAUACGAAACACCAGUGUAGUUGUAAGGCUUUCUGCGUUAGGAAAACAUAUGGAUGUAUUACUAAGGUUGCUUUUCUUGCAGAAAACUCUUGGUCGGCGAGACUCAAGUGAUGAUUGGGAAAUACCAGAUGGCCAGAUCACAGUUGGACAAAGGAUAGGGUCUGGGUCAUUUGGAACAGUCUAUAAGGGAAAGUGGCAUGGUAGGUAAUUCCUGCACCAAACCAUUUUUUAUUUAUGAGUUGAUUUUUUUCCCCCUAUUUUAAAGCUUGUGACACCAAAACCUUAGCAGAUUAAGCCGAUCUCCGUUUUGUUAAUGCCUUUGAGGCCUCUUAUUCUUUGUUGUCUCUGUAAAAGCUCUCCCAAGUUUGUGUGCUAGAGUGAGAAGAGUGUCUUUUGAAGGAAAACGCAGUAGUUGGAGUCCAAAUCCUGUGCAGCCGUUUCUAUGCACCCAGUGGAGCUUUAGUCUUGCGGUUUUUUUGAACAGCAGUGUUCUACGCUGCAUAGCAGAUCUCUUUCGGAAAGGAGGGCUCAGGCAUCCAAAAGCAGUUUGUGAUACGGCACGACAAUAGUAAUCAAAAGGAAGAAAAGCCACAUUUUGCACCUAGAACACCACAUAACAAUAUCUGAGUUUUGUAUUCUGCUUUUUAAAAAGAAAAGUUGAGCAGCAGUAUUAUACAGCUGAUAUUCUUUAAAAUUGCUUUUUCAGGUGAUGUCGCAGUGAAAAUGUUGAAUGUUACAGCCCCCACCCCUCAGCAGUUACAAGCCUUUAAAAAUGAAGUAGGAGUGCUCAGGUAAGGUUGUGUUAGUUGCAUUUUGAUGGCUUGACUUCCCUUGAGAAGCCAGUGAGCUUGAGCCAUUUGUUCAGAACACUGUGCUCCUCCCAGUCCUUCUGCUGAAAGCAGUUUGUGUUUUCCUGAUAUUUUCUGGUCCUGUGUUAUCCCUUAUAAGCAUGUCUUCAUGCCCACACAGUGAGGGAAUACUGGAUGCUUCUGCAUUGUCAAUCCAUGUUACCAUGAGAGAGAAAGCAAAUCUUUCCUGCACUUCCUUCUCAGCCUUCAUGGAUCCUUGUUUUCCCUGGCUCUGCUCUGCUUGAUGACCUUUCCCCCAUCGCUCCCUCUCAUAGUAAAUUCAUGUGCUGAAUGCCAAGAGCUACAUACCCAAAAUGGAAUCAUUGAGAAACAAGAGGGAGGUAUCGACAUGCUUGGGAGAAGCCUGAGUACAAAAAUAUUUUUUUAAAAAAAUCUAUAGGGGCACUCCCCCCCCCCCCAAAACAAAUAAAAAAUAUCCGGAUGAGCACUGAGUCUGCUCAGAAGCCCGAAGAAUGCUAGGUGUCAGUAGAAAAGAACAGCAGCAAAUCCCAGGGCAGGGAGAGAAAAGGUGACACGAUGGGUCCCAGAAGAGGUUGUGGCUAACUGGAACUCUGAGCCGAAGCAUUCCUGUUGUGAGGCAAGAAUCCCCUGUAACAUUGCAGGUUCCCAGUGUCUUGUCAAAUGCCAACUGUGAGCCUUCUAGGCACAGUCUGUGCUAAUUCUUCAAAGUGUCUGUCACAGUAGAUAGAAGUUUUACUCCAUCUUUCAGACUUCAGGUCAUUCAAUUAAAUUGAUUGGCAGGAGAAUCUGUACAGACAGCAAUUAUUUCAUAUGGGGUUGUAUCCAGUUUUGCCUUUGCCUUUGCGGAAAGCACUUCUGCUUGCCCAAGUCGGGGUGGAGCAUCUCCCUUGCUCCCUGAAAACCUGUUCUCAAGGUUUAGAAGACCUUUCAUAUCAGAACAGGAUAUUGGGCAGAGGGCUGCGGUAGGUGGGUAGGUAACAGUUGUGUACCCCAACCUGAGUACGUAGUGGCAGGGAUAGGUAAGCUGAGGUCCUCUAAAGAGGAUGGCCAUCAUCCUUGGUCAUUUAGCUGUACAGCUGAGGGCAGAUGGGAGUUGGAGUGUAACAACAUCUGCAGGGCACUAAGGCUUAACCACUGUUGAAUGCAACCCAUGAUGCAAAACAGCAACAACAACAAUUUUAUUAUUUAUACCCUGCCCAUCUGGCUGGGUUUCUCCAGCCACUCUGGGUGGCGUGCAGAAUAUAUAAUACAUUUAAUGAAAUAGCUGCUACAGGAUGUGGCAGUGGUCACUUGCUUUAGAUGGCUUUAAAGGGGAUUUGACAAUUUCAGCCAUGAUGUCCAUAUGGAAUCUGCACUAGAUGGACUUUGGUGGAGCCAACAAGAUUCAUCAUAUAUCAGGGCAUUCAUUGUUUGAGCCCUUCAAUCCAUCAAAAGUGUUUUCAGUGAUUUUAAGCACUCCUUUCUUUCCACAGGAAAACAAGACACGUGAAUAUAUUGCUUUUCAUGGGUUAUUCAACAAAGCCGCAGUUGGCUAUAGUUACGCAGUGGUGUGAAGGCUCCAGUCUUUACCACCAUCUACACAUCAUUGAGACCAAAUUUGAGAUGAUCAAGCUGAUAGAUAUUGCACGGCAGACAGCACAAGGAAUGGAGUAAGUAUAGUAUCAUAUACUCAUUAGGAGAGAAGGAGGGAAAAGAGAGUUCUUGCCAGUGCAUGUGGCAGGGAUAGACAACCUGUGGCCCUCCAGAUGUUGUUGGACUACAGCUCCCAAUAGCCUCAGCCAGAAUGGUCAGUGAUGAUGGGAGUUGUAACUAUCAGCAUCUGGAGAGUCGCAGGUUCCACAUCCCUAACACAUGAGGUUAAUUUGGCAGCGUCAUAGAAUCAGUGGGGAUGCAUUCUCGUAAAUUCUUCCAGAUACUUUGUCUGGUGGCAUAGACACUUGGAAAUUGACAUGAAGUCCCUUCUUUUUAAUAUGACUUGACAGUGAUUAUUGUUUGGUAGUGUUUAAAAGCCCUCCGAUAUUAUGUCGAGUGUUUGCUUAAAAUUGAGGUCUCACUUUGAAGUGUUUUAUACAACUCCAAUACUAUUUCGAAGUGGGCAUUUUUUUUCCCUAUGGCAAGCAGUUUUUUCCUUACUAGUCUUUUGUUCAAACUUAGCACAUUGUUUAAAGAUUUUCAUCAUUUUUACUUUUUACUGAAGACAGCUAGAAUAAAAUCUCUUACAUUUUUCCUCCAGCUAACAUCAGAGCAUGAUGUUUUACAAGGGCUGACACCAAGUCUUGUCAUAAAACACUAACAGCUGUAAAGACUGAUCAGUAGCCUUAUUUGGGUGACUAUCACAGGAGAGAAGCUCUUACCAAGACAUUUUAAAUAUAACUGUAUUUGUUUUUAACGUAUGGUGCUAAAGGAGUUUAUACCCAAAGCACUGCUUUUCCAUGAGGGGGGAAAAUGAAUAGGUUUAGUAUUUUAAUUCCCAUUCCUGAUAACACAGAAGGGCUAAGCUGGAAGGGCUUAGAAUGGAAGCUCACAUUUUUUUCUAGUGCUGCUUCCUGGCAUAUCUGCAUAGAAACAAGCAAGUGAGCUGCAUUGCCUUCAGGCUUCCUCCAGCAUGCAUAUGGCCUGCUGUGAUAUGCCCUCUUCCCCAAGUCAAGCCUUGCUGCAGAUUGGCAUUCAUGUAAUACCAGCGUGUUUUAACAGUCUUCCCAGUAACAGGAACAAUGAGUGUGUGAUUUGUGUUGCUCUACAGUGUUCUGAUAUAAAGGAGAAUGAUUUCUCAUCUUCCCUUUUCUCCUAAAACAUUUCAAGUGGGUGUGAAGAAAUUGGCAGCAGUGCCUCAUGAUACUAGAGGGGUGGAAUAUGAUGGAACCAUAAAUGUCACUUAGGCUAAUAAAUAUGAAGCUGUCUUAUAGCUGAUAUCUUCUGGCUGCCCAAUCCUAAGCUUGUCUACUUGGUUUGAAUUGUAUUAAUUUCCAGGCAACUUACUGCCAAGUAAUUCGUUUUUGUAUUUUUACCUGCUUUUCAGCCGGGAUUGGCACCCAAAAACAGAUUGCACUGAAAACCCACUAUUAAAAUGAAAUUUACAAUAUAUUAGAGCAGUGGUUCCCAAUUAGCUAACUACUGAGGACCCCCUGUUUUUCAAAAGCCAAGCCACAGACCCCCUACUUCUGAAAAUUUUGAUAACUCUACGAUAGUUACCUCAGCAAAGCAAUUUUUUGAACAAAGGAUUUUAGGUCUACUGAAAACAGAUUAUUAUCAUGCAAAAAUGACAAAUAUUUAGUUGGGGGGGACGCAAGGGAUGGGGCCACGGACCCCCUGGGUGCGUUCCGUGGACCCCCAGCAGUCCCCAAACCCUUGAUUGGCAACCAGUGUAUUAGAGAGAUUAGGAGAUGUUUGGGCCCUGGCAAAGUCUAAGCUCCAGGCUGUUCCUCCCAAAGGGGAGUGGGCAGAAAGAGCUGCAGAUUUGUGCAUGGUGUGUAGGUUUGCAAUUCAGUUGUCUUAAAAAGCUGGGGCGUUGCAGGUGCUGAUGAUAAUUAUUAUUAUUAUUAUUAUUAUUAUUUAUUAUUAUUAUUAUUAUUAUUAUUUGUACCCCGCCCAUCUGGCUGGGUUUCUCCAGCCACUCUGGGCGGCUUCCAUAGAAACCAAAAAUACACUAAAAUAUCACACAUUAAAAACUUCCCUGAACAGGGCUGCCUUAAGAUGUCUUCUGAAUGUCAGGUAGUUGUUUAUCGCUUUGACAUCUGAUGGGAGGGCGUUCCACAGGGCGGGCUCCACUACCGAGAAGGCCCUCUGCCUGGUUGCCUGUAGCUUUGCUUCUCGCAAUGAGGGAACCGCCAGAAGGCCCUUGGCGCUGGACCUCAGCGUCCGGGCAGAACGAUGGGGGUGGAGACGCUCCUUCAGAUAUACUGGGCCGAGGCCGUUUAGGGCUUUAAAGGUCAACACCAGCACUUUGAAUUGUGCUCAGAAACGUACUGGGAGCCAAUGAUAGGUGCAAGCUGACAUAGCAAGCUGACUCCUUGAAGGAAGAAUGAGAGACAGAUGCAGUAAAUAAACAAAUGGCUUAGACACUGUACAACUUAGAGACUACCUUUUGCCAUAUGUUUGUGUCAUCUUUGAGAUCAUUCAGCUUCACGCAGGCUCUUGAUAAGCAGAAAUAUAUAGUCAACUUUCUAUCUAAUAUUUUCUUGCUUUCCAGUUACUUGCAUGCCAAGUCAAUCAUCCACAGAGACCUCAAGAGUAAUAGUAUCCUUUUCCUAAGAGACCUGACCUUUAUUGUUCUUCCUCCCCUUCCCACAUCCCUAAAGUGAGUAUCUGUUCUGAAAACAUGAGAGGAAAAAGUAUGGUUAGGUGAAAUCAGCUGAUGAUCUGUGGGCAAGGUAGUUGUCCCACUCAAGGCUUUUUGAAGGGUUUAUGCCUAACUAGCAGCAGUGGAGCAGAAGUGAGGAUGUACAUCCAAAUUUGUAUCUUACUGAAAAUGUGAAGUGUGAAUAAAUCCGUAUCUGCAUUCUGAUUCAUAUUUAGUUUAUCCUUGUAAUUACUAGUCCAGCAGGCAAUAUGCACAUGGUUCUCCUUUGCUAAAUCAGGGUGAUUUGUUCUUUGUUGCAUGAUGACAUCAAGCCAAAAACAAAUCAAGUGUUGAUUGAAGAAGUAUCAUGCACACAAGUGAUGUAUAUUAUUAUGAGACACCAUGGAAGCACUGUGCUGGCUUCCUCUCAAACCAACAUUUGACAUGCCGGAAACUCCCACUAGCCUUUUCAGAUUUUGAAGACCCCAUACAGUCAACCCAGUUAUAGAGACUCUUCCUUAGUUUGUUUAUUGUGCUUACUAUUAGAUAAUAGGAGCACUGUUCAAAUUUCAGCUUAGAAUCUAUAAGUAGCGACUAGAUAAUAAUGCAGGAUGAUGAUCUGGGCUUUUGUAGUAGUUGAAUGGGCACAAUAUGUACUCUGAUGGGAAAUUAGGAUUGCCUCUUUCCCCCCUUUUUUUCUUUACAUCCUCUGUUCAGAUAUAUUUCUUCAUGAAGACCUCACAGUAAAAAUAGGUGACUUUGGUCUAGCAACAGUGAAAUCACGAUGGAGCGGGUCCCAUCAGUUUGAACAGUUGUCUGGAUCAAUUCUAUGGAUGGUAAAUAAAGGGGGUAUUCUCUGAACUAUUUUUUGAUCCACCCGAUAGCUGACACUAUCUCCUGUGUAGAUGUAUAUUCAUUGUGCCUCUAGGAUAGGGAUAGCAACACUUAUAAGGCAUCGUAAUAGAGGACUGCACUCCGCUGCACAUGGAGCCUUCUGCUUUUUGUAUGGUAUUGCAAAGGAGUUCUCCUUUCUCCUCUUUCUGGAGGUGAAAUCCCAGUGCACAGAUCCCUUGCCGUAUUUUAUCCAAUAGGAGGCUCUAUUUUGCAGUCAACUCUGUGUUCAUACAAAAUGUUAGCCCGGUAGAUUUCCCUGUUAUAAUCACUGAAAAGUGAUAAUAACUCUCCUUAAACCAGUUUAUUACCUGCAUACCUGGGGAAAUGAUGGAUUAAUUUGUAUUAAUGAGUGCCAAAUGAGUAGGCUAAAUAUGUGGCUAUUAUAGACAUCUUACAUCCAUUAAAGGCUUUUAUGUCUCCCUUUCAAGAAAUGGAGUCUCCAGGGUUGGUGGCGUAAGACAUAAGAAAAUAGCUUUUCAAUGCAACAGAAUAAAGCAGUUUUCUUCUCUUCUACAUCACAGGCUCCAGAGGUAAUUAGGAUGCAAGAUAAAAACCCAUAUAGCUUUCAGUCAGAUGUGUAUGCAUUUGGGAUUGUUCUUUAUGAGCUGAUGACUGGGCAGUUACCAUAUUCUAACAUCAACAACAGGGACCAGGUAAGGCAUUCAUGGCUUUUGGGGAGGCUUGAAUUUUGUUGGUGCUUUCACAUUCUCAUCAUUUGUCAUUGUCUGAAAUAAUUAAUGAGUGGUUUAAAUUUUUAAAAUGGCUUUUGGCAUAAGUGCCUUUUUUCCUGCUUCAAGUAGACCCUAAUUUUUAAAGGUCAUAUAUCAGGAAGUAGAAAAAUACAGGAAGUUUUAAGGACAUAGACUUGUGGUGUCUUCCACUAGGCCCUCACUUAAGAGCCAGUGUUUUACAUUUGAUAGUAUUGAGCUUGGACCAGAGAGGCAUGGGCCAUGUCACCUUGGACAAGUCAUGCAUUGUCAGCCUAGCCAGCCUCCCAAGUUUUUGGGGAUACAGUGGGAUCGCACACACCCAUGUACAUUGACUGAAUUCCUCAGAGUUAAGGUGGGAGAUGACUGCAAGAAAAAAUAAACUUUGGCAUCAGGUAAAAUGAGUGAAGUGCUCUAGUAAGAAACCCAGAGGAUGAAAUGCCAAGUCCCUAAUUUGUUUUUCUUUGAUCCAUACCACAUCCUUGAGUACUUCAAUAUUUGGGAUAUUUUUGCCCUUUUUGAUGAGAUCUGGUUCUGCACAACUGGGUAUCACAUUACACUGAACAACUGGCAAGUGAGCAACAUUAUGGUCAAGAUUCAAAGAAUAACACAAAUAAUUUAGGGCUGAGGGUCUUUGGGCUUGUUUUUUUUUUCCCAACUAACAACCUCCAUGGUUUUUGAAACUUGAGAGGGCUUUCAGACUCAGCUUGUGUUGUGGCACAUGGUCUUCUCUUUAAGUGAGAUUAAGAAAUCCCACUGGGUGUGCUCAACCACAUGGACAUACCUAAAGUAGAUCUUUGGAUCCUGGCUAUCCCUGCAGAACAGGGUGACUGGCUAUUUCUUGAGUUUUGACAAUAUCCAGUGGGCUGGCAGACAGCUUGUACAGAAUGAAUAUUAAAAUUGAGUUGCACAUAGGUUAAUUUAGUGUCUACCUUUGAGUUGUCUAGCAGGCAGCAUAAUUUAUUCAAUACUGAUGCCACAUUGCAGAUAUGUAUGUAUAUCUGAGUGUAUGUAUUCAUAUUAAUUUAUUCCAAUCAGAAUAUAACUGGGUACCAAGCUACCACUGAUGAGUAUGUUGCACACCUUAUUGUGAAAUUACUGUAACCCUCCAGUGUGAAAAGAAUUUUAAAUUUGGGUUUAGAAAAUCUUUGAAAUAUAGGAUGGACUGAAAGAUCACAAGCUCUGUGCAAGCCUGGAGUUCAGGGUUAUUAUUAUUAUUAUUUUACAUUAACACUUCCCCCUUGCCCAGUUUAAUGUAGAAAGUAGAUGUUUGCUGGAACCUCCUCAUUCCCACUCUUCUUUUCCUCCCUGCUGCAAACAAAGAUCAUUUUUAUGGUGGGGCGAGGAUACCUCUCUCCAGAUCUCAGCAAAGUGCGAAGUAACUGUCCCAAAGCAAUGAAGAGGCUAAUGGCAGAAUGCUUGAAAAAGAAAAGGGAUGAACGACCCCUCUUCCCACAGGUAAGAAAUAUUCCUAAUAUUUGACUACAUUCAAAUUGGACAAAUUGCCUUGCUAGGGUCAGCAAGCACCAGCUGAAAGGACUAUGCCGAAAUGACCUCCCCAGUGCAAUUCACAGCAUCCAAGGGCACAAGGCCAAUUCUUAGGCUUUCAGAGGGUGGAGGAUGAAAUUGUUUGGGUAGUUUCAUGGCCCAGGAUGGGAUGCUUCCUGUGGCUACAGUGCUGUUGCUUUUCUCUUCUCACUGUAAAGAAAGAAGAGCUGGCUGUUCUAACAGAAGCCUUAUUUAUUUAAAAUAUUUAUUCCUCACUCUGGGACCAGCUUUCACAUCAGUAAAGACAGCAAAGUCCCUGCCCUUGGGCUUACAAGGCACGACACAAAAGGAAAAAAGGGAUGGGAAGGAAAGAGGAAAACAAGCAAACUUAGUGUUACAAGUAGCUAUAAUAACCAGCUGCAUGGAAGUAGGUUCUUCGCCAUUCAAAGACAGGCCUUGGUAGGGCCCUGAGGCCUGGUGACCUGGCCUUCCCAGAAGUGUCUGCAAUGCAGCCAGAAGUUGUUGACCUCACAGUGUGAGGCCUUGUAGGCAUAACUGGAGUCUGCUGGCUUCUUGUCAUUCCUUCUGCAGCAGUUAUGGGUCACAGUGCCAAAAACCCCAUAGCAGACGAUCCUGUUGUUCUUCCUCACAGGGUAAUUGCUUCCAAACAUUCUUAGGGGUGACAUUGGAAGGAGGCCUUCUCUGCUCUGGUCGUCCCAUCUCUGUCCUGAACAGCUUGGAAGAUGUUAGCAGUGCAAUGGCACUGGGUGAUGCUAAGGUUGCAAGCAUCGUUCAGGGUCAUUGUUCGGGGAAGUGAAGUGGCAGCCGAAGCAGAGAGCUCUGGCUGCCAAAAUAAAUGGAAAACCCACUGGUACUGCUGCAGCAAGUGGCAUGUUUUCCUGCUGCAAAAAGUAAUUUUUAAAAGGCAGCACUACAUUGCUUUAUUAAAGGUCCUUCUUCAUCCAUCCUCAGCCCUCACCGUGGUAGCUUUACCUUUCCAAUAAAAUGGGGAGAAGAGAAUUCAUAUUUCAUUUAGACUGGCUCUAAGGGAGUCUAAAUGAGUUUCUUAUCAGAAAUGCAUCUUCUUUUAGAGCAGAAAAUGAAUGGCUUGCCCUUUGGCAUGUACCUGCCUUGGGAAUCGCAUAAUGGUAAUAAUAGCCUGCUCUGCAUGUGGAAUAAUAGAAUUGUUGCUAGAGACGCACGGUUUCUGCCUCUCUUUGUCUACGUGACGGUCUCCAUGGAAGUAUUAGCACCAUGGGUCUUUUAAACAUAGUCUGUGAAAUAGCUGCAAGUUCCGUUUUCCUGCUGCAAAACACUUCACCAUCACCUCCUUUGUUGGUUUUGGUUUUUCAUUCCACAGGGCAGCUUCAGAUGAUUUUAUCAAUACACAACAACAGUUAGGGGACGUCCCUAUUGUGCAUAUCAUCAAUACUGAAUGAUGCCCAACUCUUUCCAGAGACAAGAAAUCAGUAGAGCUUCAGCAUAAAGGCCCACUGGGUCCGUUUAGUCCAGCAGUUAGCUAGGAUGAGAGUCUAAAGCCCUUUUUCAAUCUGGGAUUCGCUGUUAAGCCUAAUCUGCAUUGUGGGACCAACUUCUACCUUUUUUAGCCUAUUGUGUCUGCACUUCUUUCCCCCCUCUCCUCUCCCCAAUCCCUUUCCAAAGGAAAACAAAACGGUGGAGCUAAUGGUGUUACUGGUACAACUCGCAUGAAAUCUAGACAUGAGUCAGGUGGAUCACAACCUGCUGGCCGAAGACUAGUAAACAGGGAGAUUGUACAAUCCCAAUAGAGAGCACGGCCCGUCUACCAUGCUGUCAACCUUUCUGAGAAGAUUGGACAGGGGCUGGUACAAAACAUGAUGAGCAAUUGCAGCAUCAGUGCUCUUAAGAAUUUACUUCAGCACCAUCAUUUCAGUGCUUAAAUGGCAGUGUUCCUGUUUUGCUUUCUAGUAGUGCUUAAAGCGGCAAGACAUUUCUAAAACCUUUAAUUCCAGCACUGCCUCUUAAACAGAGAGUGCCAAAUCAAGCAGCUGCAGUGCCAUCUUUGUAGGAGGGGCAGCUUUAAGUCCUGAAGGGCAGUUUCUUCUCGCUUUUACUAGGUUUCCAAGUGAACAUUGCAUAGGUACAUGGGACGCAAUCUCUACGAAGUCAGACCAUUGUUUCAUCUAACCCAAUAUCGCCAACCCUGGCAGCAGCUCUCGGUGGUUCCAGACAGAAUUCUUUCUCAGCACCACCUGGAGACACAAGGGAUGGAACCUGCAUGCAAAACAGGCAUUCUACUACACAGCGACAGCCCUUCUCAGAAUUGACAGAAUUAUAAUUCGUCGAGAAUUAAUUUGUUCCAGUUUGGAACUGCUCUGUUGUCUUCGCUCCGCAACACCCACUCUCUCUUUUCCCUCUUUGUUUUCAGAUCCUCGCCUCUAUUGAGCUCCUGGCCCGGUCGUUGCCAAAAAUUCACCGCAGUGCAUCUGAGCCCUCCUUGAACCGAGCUGGUUUCCAGACAGAGGAUUUUAGUCUGUAUGCUUGCGCUUCUCCAAAAACACCCAUCCAGGCAGGGGGAUACGGUGGGUUUUCUGUAAUCUGAAAAGCUGAAAGCAUGUGCCUGUGUUUUUAGUGUGCCUCCCCCUGCCUCCCUUCAUGUGUGCAUAUGUUUCACAUUCCAAUGAGCUGGUUCGCUUUGUUUUUGGGGAAGGUGUACUGACUGAAAAAGAACUUACCUUUUAAACUCAGUCUUGUAUAUAUUCCCAGCAUGGCAUCUGUUGCUGGCGAUGGAUGGCCUGGCAAUUGCCAACCAUGAAAAGCUGCUCAGUAGAAAAGGGAAGAGGUCGUUGAAAGUAGCUAGCGCUCUCUCUCUCUCUCUCUCUCUCUCUCACACACACACACACACACACAAAUGCAUCUCCAUUUAUGUUUGGAUUGUAGGUCAAAUUUCCUUCUCUUCUUUUGCCAUCUCUGCUGCACAGGUAGCUGGUAGAGUUUUAUUUUUGUGUUUUAAGCUGCCUGUUUUGUCCCUUCAGUCAGUGUCAUGUGGUAGCAAUCAUGUUAGCUUCUCAAGUCGGCAGCGUUGCUGACAGUGGGCAAAAGUAAGGCAAGAUGAACUUGGAUUUAAAAGGCCAGCUGCGUCCACCCUCGUUUCAGUGAGCAAAGGUGAACAGAACAUAAAAGACUUUGGCAGGGAGUGCCUUGUUUCUGAACUUCCUGCUCGUUGAAGCCUGUUGCUUACUUGGAAUUGGAAGUCUCUUUGUGUUUUUGUUUCAUUUUAUUCUUGGGUUUGUUUGUUUGUUUUUGUCCUUUCUUACUGCCUCUGUUCUGGCACUGCUCUUGCUUAACACCCCUUUUCGGCUGUUUAAAAUCAGUGCUGGACCCAUGCCUUUGCGCCGGUCUGCUUCAGGCAUGUUAAUAAGCAUUGCUCAACUUUUAACAGGUUAGAAGGGACACUUUUUUAAAGUGAAUAUUGCUUUUUGUCUGUGUGGCCAUGCUUGAAAGCAGUGAUGCUCAUAAUAGGAGGAAAUGGCCUUGUAAAAGCAAGAGUAGUAAACUUUAAAAGUUGUUUAAAGGUGGGAAAAGAAAAUUUCGCCACCGGCUCUCUUACAAAGUCAAUGGCUUGCUGCUAAUGCUCAGCUUUAUAUGAGUCGAUAUUUCUACUCAGUUCUCCUUUAUGUGGAGAAAACGUUUUAUGCUCGUGUAUAGAAUUUGUCUGAUUAGAUCUCCAGUAAGGUAAUGUGGAUGCCAACCUAGCAGUUCGAAAGCAUGUCAGAAUGCAAGUAGAUAAAUAGGUACCGCUCCGGCGGGAAGGUAAAUGGCGUUUCCGUGCGCUGCUCUGGUUCGCCAGAAGCAGCUAAGUCAUGCUGGCCACGUGACCUGGAAGCUGUACACCGGCUCCCUCGGCCAAUAAAGAGAUGAGUGCUGCAACCCCAGAGUCGUCCGCGACUGGACCUAAUGGUCAGGGGUCCCUUUACCUAAAGUAAUGUGGAAGUCAAGGACCCUGAAGUCAAGGACCCUUUUUUCCACAUUGGGAGUAUCUACCUUGAGCAGGUAAACCUGCUCUUCAUUGCUUCGUGCUACAUUCACCUCUGGUGACAAGUAUUUAAAUAAUAACCUUCAUCCGUAUGUAUGUGUCAAGCUUUUUUGUCUAGGUGACAAUGAUCUUGCUUGCUUUGUUAUUCCUGAUCAAUUGUAAACUGCUCAGCAUGGUUCAUGUCUCAGACAAGGAAUGUUCUUGCUAUUCUUCAUUGUCAGACAUAUGGAAGUAGGGAAAUUCCCCUACAAGCUAGUAUGCAGCUGAUUGAGUUGAGUGGUCGCCAUUUAAAUUUCCUGAAAUGCCUGUAGGUAGCAGAAGUGCGGGGGCUGCUGCCUCAGCACUAUGAUUGCCCAUGGCUUAUCUGAAGCAACUUGCAGUGUCCAGUGUGAACUGAUGAAGCCAAGGCUUGUGCCUGCUAGUCCAUCAUCGGUCACACGCCUGCACAACGUGAAGGCGGCAGCUUGCCUGUCUCCUCCUUGUGACUUUUUCUGGUUUGUGCAGGCGUCCCUUGCCCUUGAUCAUUGCCCAGCAGUGGCUGCCUUUAUACCUCCAGUAAGCUGCCUUGUGAGCAGUUGCAGGUUUUGCAUCCAGGACAGGGCAGAAAGUUUUGAUGGGCACCUUACUAGGUUAUGUUGCUUCUGCAUAGUGGUUCCGUGGAGGUUCUCCGUUGAGAGAAUCAGUGAACUAAAUAAUUCUAAGCAUUUGUUUUUCUGCUAGCUCACAGAAUUUCAGGAUACUACUGUCCUGAUUAUUUAUCACCACCACCGCCUUAAAUUUAAACUUUCAGAUGUUUUGAACCUAAUACUGAUGACUGUGAAUUCUAACAAGUCUUAAAAUGGGCUUAGGAUUUUUCCCCUCUUAUGUUUUGCAUAGCUUGGGGGUGAGGAAGACUCUGAGCGAAUGCUCUUAGUCUAUGGCUAGAUGGAAUGUCUAGCGGAGCCCUGCCUUUCCAAAUUAACACAUUUUUAUCUUCACAAUCCUGUGGCACCAAUUAACACUCCAAAUGAUAAGCUGAAUCAGGAAGACCAGAGGAUCGGUGGGGGUGUAAUUUCUUAUUUACAGACUAGCCAGCAAUCAGUGUUAAAUGCACUGAAGGUGGUAACCAAAGCCUGUAGUUUGGAAUGGGUGAAAGAGCAUGAAUGCUCUUAAAAUUAGCCCCAAAGCACAAGGUUUUGCUUUUUCUGCUGCAACAAAUGGUGAAGCUGUUAGUUCGGCCAGGGCCUUGCUAAGAUAAGAGACCAGAGACCUAUGUAAUAAGCUGGAGAAAGUAGAACCCAGCCGUACCUGCUUUUGACAUCAGAGCACAAAAUUUCUCAUUUCGGUAGGGUUAAUAGGGUGUACAUAUAUGGUAAUAGUAUGGUAUUUGGUUAGCCUGCUUCUCUGAAGUAGAACUACUAGAAAGUCUACCUUUUAAAGUUUUCCAGAGUGUAGCUUCUUCAGAUAAACUCUUUUAACUCCACCAUGCGACAGGAAAUGGAAGCUCCAUCCAUUCCCUGUUUCCUAAAUCAGUUAGGUAGCCGUGUUGGUCUGACGCAGUCAAAAUAUAUUAAAAAAUUAUAAAAUUGUCCAGUAGCACCUUAGAGACCACAAAAGCUUAUACCAAGAACAAACUUAGUUGGUCUCUAAGGUGCUACUGGACUUUUUUUUUAUUUUUCUAGAUAUUCCUAAAUCACUAUGGGGGUUUGGAGAGCAGAGAGCCAUGCCGAUAAAUCCUUGCUUUUUUGACCCCAAGAGAGCAGCUGCCAUUGUGUAAAACAUGUUGAGAAUAAUCUUAGAAAUGUGAAUGAUGAUAAAACUUUACAUUUGCACAUUCUUCAUGAGAGUAUGCGGGCUCUUAAUACCCUGCCAUAUGGUCCAAGUUUGCUUUUUGGAAACCCAUAGUUAAGAAAUUUGGGGAAAGUAACUUUGUCUUCUGUCUCUGCCAAUGAUAUCCUUCUGUACAUUUAAUUAUUAACAAUUGCAUUUCUCCUAACCUGCUGCACCCGGUAUAUAGUGUCAAAUUUAUGCUGGAUAACAUUUCUGUCUUGCUGAUGAAUGAAACCCAACUUUUUAAACUCAGCUCUUGUCCUCCCUCUACAGGCGAAUUUGCAGCGUUCAAGUAGCCACGGCAACAUUGGCAGCAAAUCCACUCUCUCAUUUUUUUUAAAAAAAAAGUCUUGUGUUCCUACGGUUUCUUUUUAUAACAUCCAGACUCUCUUCUGCCCCUCAAAAAAAAAAAAAAAAAAAGGAAAGGAAAAGGAAAUUUAGAGGAAAGAGAUCUGUACGCUUAGAGGAGAGCAGAAUGGAAUUACCAAUCCAACUUUGGGUGGGAAGGGAAAAUCCCUUGUUAGGAACCAGAAUCUAUGCUGCCUGUAUGUUCACCUCCAGUCUAAACGCCAUGUGCAUUUGGAGACCCCCUUCCCCCACCCUGUGGCUGCCUGUUCCAUUGGCAUCAUUCCCAGGAGAGAGGAGGGCUCGUGCUUUGACUUUCUGGUGCUCUGGCAUGAUGAGAUUGGAACUCCUACUGCAUCAUUGGCUUGGGAUGGUCUGCUGGUCGGCUUUCUCCCUCUAACAACGAGUUAUCAAAGGCUGAACAUCUGACGAGACAGAGCUAAUCCAAACAAUCAUCCUCGGGUCUGAUUUAUUUUUUUCCUAGGGUUAUGUGUGGUCUUUUCUUUUCCUGGUGUGCUUACCAAUCAGUGGGAUAAAUGCAGUAUAUCCUUUUCAGCUGAAGGAGCACCUGCUCUUUCGGGUAAAAAACGCGACAACAGGAACAUGGCCAAAUUGGCAGAUAUGUGGAAGGGGGAGUCUGAGAAAGGAUUAAUUUGAAGGAAAAGGGGAUGCUGCGCCUUCUCUUUCCAGAAUUGCUUUUAUCUCUUGUUCAGAGCCACCCUUUCCCCUAUCUUUCCUUUUUGUACACUUUCAGAAAGGGUUGGGAGGCUUUUUCCCCCCCUCUCGUCAGUCCAGCAACAAACGUUUUCACAAAAUUACAUCAAAGUGUUAAAACACGUAGCUUCUUUUCAUUUUUUGCUGAUAUCAUUUCACUCUGUAUGUUUGUGUGUUGCCUUUUUGGGGGGGUGUCCAAAAAGUCUAAUGCAGACUAUGAAAAACAAAUGUACCUAUUUUAAAAGGUGCAAGAUAAUGUCAGGUACCUAAUGUUUCAUAAACGGGAGUUCUCAGGUUGAACUGAAUAUGUUUUAAAAAGGAAAACCCAUCCGCAGCCCCUCUCUGAAAGAAUUACACAUUCCAAAAAUUGUGCUUUGGUACUUUUUGAAAAAGAACUUUAAAACGUGUUAAAUCUGCAAACUCAGCAAGUGUGUGUAUGUUUUAAUAUGCAGUAAGUUGUCUUAAAUGGCAGUCUGCUAGGAAGGUUUUGUUAAGAAAUGGUACUUGCUGGAUCAACAUUGACAUCUUCGCUCACUGUUUGCCUAUCCCCAACUUUUUCUAUGUCACUCCUUUUCUUGCCCUAUGUCUUGUGGCUUAAAAAUGGUGGCGAUUGCAUUUUGUUUUCUCUUUUUGUCUUCCUCUUAACCUCAUUUGCAAAAUGGGUCCUAAUUCUUAUUUUUAUCCAGAAAAGGAGGGGGGGGUCAAAGUUACCUCUAGUUUGGAAUCAGAAUCAGUUAGCAGAAUUCUUUGCUGUGUUGAUUAAUAUAACAUAGAUUUAUUUUUAUUUUAUUUAUUUUUGUUAAAGAGGCAACUUAGAUGCCACUAGAAAGCUCAGCGUCCACCGAAGCCUUGACAUUUAGUGCAUUUUUGCCCAGUUCCAGAAGAUAGGAGGCUGGAGACAACCUCUCCUUCACUAAACAUUUCUAGUGGAAGCUGGUCAUCUGAUGAGAGAGUUUAAGCAGUGAUUGAUAAAUACCUCAGCUCUGUUUUUAGGAAAGCUAAGAGAAAGGGAACUGUCUUUCUCGGAAAGAAGGUAUGUUCAUGGAAAGCAAGCAUACCCUGUUGUGGCCCUUGUUCUUCAAAACCACACAAGUGUCAUUUCAUUGGAUUGUUAAAUCUUGUUGAGCACCAGGGUGCUUAACAGAAAUUAGACCAAGAAACAACUGAAAUAUGGGGUAUAAUCCAGGUAGCAAUAGCAAGUGGUUAGAAGUCACUGAGUCACAUUUCAUGCUUUCUCUGCACAAGUGCUACUGAAGCUAUGGAAGUUCUUGGGCAGUUCCUUUUCACUUCUGCGGCUGGUUGUGCUAGAGAGAAUUCCAGUGGAUGUGGGCAGUGUAAUGAGAAUAAAGCAGCUUGUGUGGGCAUACAAAGAGUGUGCCAGACCUACGAUAACUCUAAACCAGAAAAGCACAAUUUUGGUUUGCUGUGCUUUUCUCAGCUGUCUUUGUGUGUGUUGGUGUGCAGAUUUGGUUUGAGAGCAGUGUUUCUCAAACUUUCUGAAUAUGGACCAUUCUUCCAGACUUACCUUGCCUCUUCUUACCACUACUGCCACCACCCAACCGCUGAACCUGCAGCGGCGAGAGGUCUGUUACAGAGAUGAACAUAGGAGAUCCUUGCAAUUGCUCGUGUGUGUGCGCACUACAAUGCACAGAGACACUUGGAGUAUGCUACUACUGGCAUUAAAAGAGGAAAAUAGCAAGACAUCUCCUAUCAUCUUAAAACCAUGCAAGACAAAUAAAAACCAAGCAGUAGCUCUUUGAGACCUGUACAUUCCAAAUCGCAUUGGGGUAAUGGGGCAGUGAAUAUGCAAGCACACCCAUAAAUCCAACACAAAUCAGUGCAAAUUUCUGCCAGGGAACAUUUAGUCCGCCCACCUCCUAAUUGGUGGGGAGUGAAGGCACCAUCUGCUUCCCAUACUUUUUGGCUGUAGAAUUUUCCUACAUUAGUAAACCUCAUUUUUGUUUCUCGGGACCUGAGUGCUGGCAAACAUCACCAUGGAAGAAUGGGCCAUUUAGAGAUGUUUGGUAGUUGAAAGAAAGAGAAUGUGGGUUUCCCACAUGCAGGUUAUAGUGCUUAACUUUCUGAUGUGCAAGUGUUCUAGAUCAGAUUUAGAAAAUGCCUAAGCAUCCAGGUUGUUAGGGCUUUUAGAGGUCUGUUGCUGCUGUUUAGGAGGUGGGGAUAUUCCAGCACUAGCCUAGGCGAAACCUUAGAAUCCUCUGGCAUUUCCACUUGUUCUCCACAGUCUUGUAGUUCUGUUGCCCCUUCUACCUAGCCUGAUACUUGUUGAGCAUGUGACAUCUUUCAUGCCCCUACAGUCAUACCUCGGGUUAAAGUCACUUGGGGUUAAAUCUUUUCAGGUUGCAUCCUGCGGCGACCCGUAAGUAACGGAACGGGUUACUUCCAGGUUUCACCGCAUGCGCAGACGCUCAGAAUGACGUCACGCGCAUGCAUAGACGCGGGUUGCGUUCUGCUCAUGAUGCGAACGGGGCUCUGAAAUGGAUCCUGUUCGCAUCCAGAGGUACCACUGUAGUUUUCUUCAGAGCAACCAGUCACUCUGAUGCCUCUUCCCUCCCCCCCCCCCCCCAAAUUACAGCUCGAAUGUUGACUGCUGGCCAAUCCAUUGCACUUCACAGUUGGCCCACCCUUUCCUCUUCCUCCUGAUGUUUGCAGCCAUUGGCACGUUUUGCAUAUCACAUGAAACCAUACUUGUAUACCAAGUCUGCCUCAAACCGAGCCAGACUGUUGGUCCCUUUGCUCAGUAUUUUUGAUGCACUGACUGGCAAGGGCUCUCCGGGAUUUCAGAUGCAGGAUGUUCCUAACCAAGACUUGCCUGCAAAAUAGGUGCUCUGCCACUGAGGUAUGGCCCUUCCCUUAUGCUCAAAAGACCAUGCUUCUCUCCUCCCCUGCCUUUUUCAGCAUACUGGGGAAGAAACAUACCAAACAACAACAUACCCACAACAACAUACCCUGCCCAUCUAGCUGGGUUUCCCCAGCCACUCUGAGUGGAUUCCAGCAAAUUAUAAAAAUACAAUAAAACGUCAAACAUUAAAAACCUCCCAUUAGAGGGCUGCCUUCAGAUGUCUUCUAAAAGUUGUGCAGUUUUUUAAAUCUCCUUGACAUCUUUAUCUCCUUGACAUCGUGGCUAACAGGCCAUGAUGGUAAGCCAAGUUUUCUUCUUGACUUACCAUCAUACUUUGUUAGGAGUAAAUUAAACAGUAAGUUCCAGUUCACACAUAGUGGCAAGCCAGUGUCUGUUCUGUUUCCUUCCCAGAGCACUGAAGGAAGGAACAGCAAGAGCCUGUGGGGAUCUUGUGAGCUGCUGUAUUCCAGCAUAUUGCUCCUUAACUUAAAAUCAUUGUUUUGUUUAAACUAUGUUUCAAGGUGACGUGCAAACAAGGCCUAUCCCAGCUUUCAUUGUCCCUGAACACUAAUAAGAAGUGCCCUGAAGCAACAUGGGGAAGCAACAGCCCCUUUGCUGCUCUCCAAAUAUGCUGCCCUUCUAAGGUCUGCUAGUGCUAAGGCCAGCCCUGCUUCUCUGCCAAAUUUUGAAUCAUUUAUGGGAGACCAAAUUCUGCUAAGUUCUAUCCUUACCAUUGGAAAAACUAGCUGAAAAUACACAAUUCUCUUUGGGCUUAUAGAAUGUGGAAUGUGUGUGUGUAUCCUGGCUUGAUUGUAUUACAACUUCGUUAUUCAUUCAUGUGCAGCAAGCUUUUUUAUUUUUAAUAAUAAAAAUAUAUAGAUAAAGCGGUAGGAAAAGGGUCUUGUUCCCACAAAGCACUUUAGAAUGAGCUACAUACGCUUUGACUUUUCUCCACUUGCAUCUGAACAUACUGUAAGUCAUUUGGCUGCUGUUUCAGUAGGACAUUUAUGCUGAAGCUUCCUUUUUCUCCUUCCUGAGUCACCAUAAUCUGAUAAAACAUAGUGCAGGUCACUUUAAUUCUGUGCUCUCACUUGCUUGAAAUUGCCCUUAAAUUUGAAAAUGAAGAAGCCGCCUUGAGCUCUCCUGAAAAGAUAGGUAGGUAGGCUCCAACAGUGGGUUUGUUUUUUCUUACACUGUUGCCCCAUGGUCUAACUGCUAUAUUCCUCAACAAAGAAGGCAAAAAUGCACACAUGAGACUUGAUGCCAUCUUCGUACUGGCAUGGCACGUACAUUGGCACCAUCCUUGCAUUGGCACUGGGAAUAUUUAUGCAAAAGUUGUUUUCAGUGCAGUUUGUUGCUUCGCCGCCAGGCUUGUUUGGGGGAUUUUUUCGAUGCUGGGAGACAGUAUGGGCAGCAGUUGACCGAAACCUAGUUUAAGAUCCACCUUAACCUACACCCUGCUCAUACCUGCUAUAAGUGUCUGCUACUCUUUGUGAAGAGCAUUCUUAUACUGUAAUUUCCACUGUGAAACAUUGUUACAUUUUGAUCUUCUGUGAGGGAGCAGUUGCUUCUGGUUUGGUUUGGGGGGUUUUGUAGCAGAAGGCUCAGUGAAAGCGUUCUGGCAUUGGGUAUGUGUUUGCAGGCGUGUUACACUGAAUUGCUUUUUGGACCACGAGUGCAGCAUGUGUAGCACAGACAGUUCAUAGUACUGUAGCUAAGUAACUUUCCGUCCAUUGGAAAAGGAAAAAUCUUGCCUGAAGGGAAUGAACCCAUUGAGCCUUGCGGGACUCUGUUCUGGAUUCACUCUGAACCAACUUUGGCUAGGUUAGCUUUGAGAUACGAAAUUGCAAUUUGCCAAAUGAUCUGUGCCUUUUGUGACUUUGAGAGAAAUUCUAGAGAUACCUGUGUAGGUGCUUUAUCUAACUAGAGCAGUGGCUUUGCAUUUCUUCCAUUUUCAAAUGUGGGUGGAACAGGGUCUCCUGACCACUGAAACAAAUGGCGCUAGCAGACCUGCAGCAUAAACGUCAUUUUAUCUCAGUUGAGCUUUUUCUGGUAAGAAGAACACGUAUCUUGUGUUUCCAAGUGCAAGUGUUCUCUCCCCAACACCCCCAUAUGUUGUUGAGUUGGAAAAAAACACACCUUAAACUAAUUAUAUAAAAAGAACCGAUGGCAUUUGUAAAGGAGGUAAAAAAUGGAGACACCAUUGCUUCUUCUGAGAGCCCAACCAUUUUUAUAAAAGGAAUUGUAGCAUGAAGGUGAAGAAGAGUAUCUUUUUUGAGACUUUACUGUAACUGGGGGGGGGGGCUAUUUGAUUGCUAAUAUUACUGGAAAAGGAGGGGGUGGUUAUGCUUGUAACCAUAAACAGGAUUACAACCCAGGAUUGCCAAGACCCUUUUCUCUGAUUGAGAGAGGUGUCCGAUCUUCUUCAGGCUUCCCAGUUUUGUGUGGCAUUUAAGUUGAAAGAUCAUGGAUAAAUAGCAGAGAAGCAGUCAAUGGACUAAAGUGCUGAAGUUGUAUCUUCCAUAGUGAUGCUGUCUUCCAUUCACCUGCCUAGGAAAAAAGUAUGGGUUGGAUUUUGAACUGACUUUUUCAGUUUCUUUCCUACCCUUUAGGUUCUUGGCCCGCUAUUAUGAUUUAUGUAGAAACGACAUUAAGUGUAUGAAUUAGGAUAGAAACGCAAAAGCCCAGAUAGCCCUGAGAUAGGUCUCUUUCUUAAAAGAGCACAUGGAUGAUAAUAAUAACACACAAAGCUGCUUGACAGUGAGUCAGAACAUUUUGUCUGUCUUAGCAAGAAUAGUCCAGUCUGACUGGCAGCCAGCCGUCCAAGAAUUCUCCAAAACUUGCAGCAAGGGAUUCUGCAAUUGAACCCUGGACUUCCUGCCUGCUUAGCAUGUACUGCACCACUGAGCUGUGGCCCAUUCCACCCCUCCAAAAAAAAAUGUCUCAUGCAACACAAUCAUAUGCAUAAUUACACGGAAGCGAGUCCUACUGUUUACUCAGAGGUAGACAUGUACAGGGUUGCUGCUUUAGUUGUCUAUUUCAGACCCCGUUUUUGGCAGCUGGGGUGGGUUUGAGAGCAUUCUGAAACUUUCUAGGCAUUUAUUUUGCAAUUGCCAAAGCAAUAUCCAUCUGUUCCAUUCAGCCUCUGAUAUGUACUCUUUCUGCAAUUACCUUGGAACCGUAAUUGAACAGAAUUACUCUACCUCCCCCUUUCUGAGCUAGGGAAAUGCAGAGCGGGAGACUGUGCCAUUUUUCGGAUUAUGGAUUUGUCUGGGGGGUUUGUUUCUUUUUGACAUCUAAGGUAUUGUCCUUCACUUGUGCUCUGCCUAGUUAAUACCCUUCUACUUGUUUUAUGCUGUUUGCGGGAUUCCAACAAGAGCGUUAGGACCUACAGGCUUGUGGGCAGGGGAGGGUUGGAGGCUGGAAGGGCAAGCAUUCAUUUAGGCAUGUAUUGAAGUAGGAGGAUAAAAUGGACCAAUGCAGGGAGGGGAGGGGAAAUGUGGGAAUUGUUGUUUAGGUUAAGAGUAUAGGGCCGAGUCUGAGUAACUUUUGAUUUAAAUGAUUAAAUAAAAAAUAAAAAAACCUAAGUGCAAUAAAUGUACUUUGAAAUUCAAAGCUGUGAAAGGUUCAAAGAAACACACCUCAUUCCUUCCAGAUUCUCCUCCUUCCUCACUCCUUCCUGUGACUAAAAUUGGGCAGUGACCAGCUUGCAUGUAUCCCGUAGAUUUAGCCCCAACCCCCAAAGCUUGGGCAGGUUCCCAUGUUCAGUUUACACAAUGACCAAACAGAAGCUCACCCUUGCCCCAGCCUUCUUUUUCAUAACGUAGACCUGCAGUUUGCUAGAAUUCUGUUAUAAUUGACCCGACAGCAAUUUCACCCGUUUCAUUCUCACAAAAUAAUUCCCUUGCCAUGUGACUGAUGUUGGCCAAUGCUUAUUUUGCUCCAAGCUCACGGCACCCUGCAUUUUGAGUAGGGAGCACAUGGGAGUAUAUUGUGACCGAAGAACGGAGUGCCAAUUGAAAGCUGAGCAUUGCUUGCCCAUCCACUGGACUGCAAUAGCCCUUCUAGCCUGAGUCGGAAGUUUAUGUAACCAGCACCUCUCCUGGCUACUAGGGACCAGUGAAGGGCAAAACAGUUGUUUCUAAGCAGCUGAAAACAGUAGUCAACAUCCUUGCUUUCUAUUCUCUCUGAAAUACACACAGGCUUUUCCUUUCAUUGCUCCCAUUUCCUUUAGAUUUUAUAACCACAUUUGGUUACAUGUGCUGUCCUUUUUCUCCUAGACCACACUACUACUUUCCAAUGAGAUUGGGAAAAUGCACUGUAGUUGAUCAUUCUCUCCAUUCCUUCAACAAUAGCAUUCCAAUCUGUUAUUUCAUUGUAACACUAAGAACUAACAGGUGCCUACCCGCAAACAACUUCAAGGGUUUGGUUGUUGCAAGGGAAUAGGCAGUUCGUAAGGUUGUUGCUUUUAAUGGCCCCUAUACCCAUCUUUCUCUACUAUAGCAACCAGGACUCUAGUUAUCCCCUGCAAUCAUACUUGGUGUAAAGACAGAUGAGACUGUUGAUGCAUUGUGGGGCAGGGGGAGCUGCCACUGGUAUAAACUUGCUGUCAUUGUGUGCUCCCCACCUUUAUAGUGAUGGGCAGAGUCUUUCGAGUAGAACUUGCCAACCCUAAGCACUGUACAGUUAGACCCAAUGGAAGUGAUUGCGCAAGUCAGAUGACAAAAAAAAUGUUUAAACAGUUACUCUAGAAAGGAAAAAUGUGUAUAGUGUUUUUAAUUAGUGCAGUGAAAUUCAUAUCCCAACCCAGCAUUCCUUGAAGCUGUAUUUGCCACAAGAUGUUUUGAGCCUCCACAAGUCUGCAAUUUUUAAAGUCUGUUCUUUCUUCAGAAGACAAUUGAUAUCCAUAGCUUACUUUUUUAAAAUGACAAUGGAGUAACUAAAUGUUUAAAGGCCUGUAUUUCUAAACUCAUAGGAAAAUGUUUAUUUUCAGCUUUCUGUCUCAUGGAUCACUGCAGCUUUUCCUCCCUGCCUCCAGUUUUUUUCCUUCUCCCCUGUUAUUCACUGUAAAUGCUGACACAGAUUAAUUUCGGUUGUUUUCCUCCCAUGUUUAACCCCUUAGCCUAAACUCCCUUCAUUUGUAUUUUGGAGCUUUUUUCUCUCAUGUAAAUUUGUACAGUGGGAAAUAUUGUCCAGUUUGGUUUAGAAAGCAUGGAGACAUAAACUAAAGUUUGAUAGCUGAAAACAGAGAUUGAAGAACUAUUUGUGUAAAGUUAUUUAAAGAACUCUGUAUUAUAUAAAAAGUUAAAAAGUUCUAUGUAUUUGAUGUGAAUACUGCUAUAAUAAAGAUUGACUGCAUGG